GAGCCUUUGAGAAUUGUUGGAGAGAGAACAAGUGAGGUCCCUACAGACUGGAGGCGAACAAAUGUCCCCAUCUUCAAAAAGGGGGGAAAGGAAGACCCAGGUAACUAUGAACCGGUGAGCUUGACAUUGAUACCAUUAAUCCUAGAACACAUAAUUCAACAGUUGGUCUGUGAGCAUUUGGAAAAGGAUGCUGUGAUUACUAAGAUCCACCAUGGUUCUCAAAACCAAGUCAUGCCAGACCAAUCUGAUUUCUUUUUUUGAUGGAAUUACAAACUUGGUGGAUCAGGGAAAUGCUGUGGACAUAGUGUAUCUUGAUUUCAGUAAGGCAUUUGACAAGGUCCCCCAUUUAUUCUUGUGAGGAAACUGAUAAAAUGUGGGUUGAACAAGGUAACUGUUAGGUGGAUUCAUAGCUGGUUGACUGACCAAACCCAAAAAGUACUCAUUAAUGGUUCCUCAUCAUCUUAGAAAAAAAGCGAGAAGUGGGGUGUCGGAGGUUCUGUCCUGGGCCCGUUGUUAUUCAACAUCUUUAUAAAUGACUUGGAUGAAGAAAUUGACAGGAUGCUCAUCCAAUUUGCUGACGGUAACAAACUGGGAGGGGUCGCUAAUGCUGCAGAAGACAGAAUCAGAAUUCAAAAUGAACUUAACAGAUUGGAGAACUGGGCGCAAGCAAACAAAAUGAAUUUCAAUAUGGACAAAUUUAAGGUUCUGCACUUAUGCAGGAAGAACCAGCUGCACAAAUAUAGGUUGGGGGACACCUGGGUUACUAGCAGUACAUGUGAAAAGGAUCUAGGGGUCUUGGUGGACCACAAGCUUAGCAUGUGUCAACAGUGUGAUGCAGCACCAAAGAAAGCUAAUGCUAUUCUGGGCUGCAUCAAGAGAAGUACCGGUAUAGUGUCCAAGGGACCACUCUAUUCUGCCUUGGUCAGACCACUCCUGGAAUACUGUGUCCAAUUCUGGGCACCACAAUUUAAGAAGGAUGUUGACAAGCUGGAACGUGUGCAGAGUAACCAAGAUGAUCAAGGGUCUGGAAACUAAGCCUUACGAGCAGCGCUUGAAGGAGCUGGGUAUGUUUAGCCUGGAAAAGAGGAGACUGAGAGGAGAUAUGAUAACCAUCUUCAAAUAUCUUUAGGGCUGCCACAUGGAAGAGGUAGCAAGCUUGUUUUCUCCUGCUCUGGAGGGAGGAUUAGGAGAUUCGAACCAAUGGCUUCAAGAAAGGAGAUUCCAGCUAAACGUUCGGAAAAAAUCUUUCUGACAGUAAAAGCUGUUCAGCAGUAGAACAGACUCCCACGAGAGGUGGUGGAGUCUCCUUCCUUGGAGGUUUUUAAGCAGAGGUCAUCUGUCAUAGAUGCUUUAGCUGAGAUUCCUGCAUGGGGGGGGGGGGGUUGACUAGAUGACUCUCGUGAUUCCUUUCCAACUCUACAAUUCUAUGAUUUAUCGUGUUUGGGAACGGUCCUUCCUCACGGGCAUGUUUUGAAGAGCUGUUCCCAAGUGCACAAACCCAUGUAGGAACAGGAAUCGCUAUACAUGUGUUUCCCUAUGCGUGUUUACGCGGGUCCCAUUGGGUCCAGUAGUACUUAAAUCGCUUAGCUUAGUCUAGGCGGGCGGUUAGGCUUUGUCCCUGACCUGGACCGGGACCCCCGGAGCUGAAGGGAGCAGCUACCAGGCACCAGUGGCUCUCCCGUGCUUUUUUUUUUACCUCAGCGCCAUGGCCUCACGGCUCGCCUCACCACAAUUGGGGAAGUACAAGCGAUUGCAGGCGUCUUCUUGCCGCACGCGGUGACGUAGGCACGCCCGUUUGACGGGAGCUUUCUCUUUUUAAACGAUUGGCCGAAAAUGAGACUUGCGCGGCACUAAUUGGUUGACAGGGAAGGGAAGGGCGGAACCGGGAGCGCUCGGUGGCUGCGGUGGUUUAUGCUGGACGGCGGUGGGGCGGGGGGAGGGGCAGCGCAGUUAUUGUCUGAGGCUUUGGGGCCUCGGCGCUUGUAGGGAGCCGCUGGCGGUUAGGCCGGGCGGCCUUUUAAUUCCGCCCCGCGCCCUCCUCCGCGGGUCCUUCCUUCCCAAUUCGGAGCCGAGCGGGUUCCUCAGCUGCCCGUGUGGACGAGGUCCUCAAGCCGGGUCUCGUCUACGCUGCCGCCGCCCAACAUUUCCUCCGAGAACAGCGCCGGAAAAGGAGCUCUUUUUAAAAAAAGACAUAUUCUGGUCCCUCAUGGGCCGUGUGUGUGUGUGUGUGUGUGUGAGGUAUUUUUUUUUGUCACCCUUCUACACACACACACACACCGUCCUUCAGACGGCCGGCCUUUAUUUAUCUAUUUUAGGCUGAGGUGAAAAGCUCAAACGUGAAAUAAAACGUCCGUGGCCCUCAGCUCCAGCUAUAGAGACAGGAAAGGGCGGGGGGGGUAUUACGCGCGUGGCCGUGGGCGCGCGCGUGCGCGCUGGACGUUUGAAGGGAGGAGGGACAAGGGAGGAGAGCCUGCGGUGUGAGUGUUCGCGCGGGCGCGCGGCCCACAAAGCGAAAGAGUGUGUGUGAGAGAGAGGGGAGAGAAAAAAAAAAGGGGGGGAAUUGUUCGUUGUGUGGAUGCGCGCGCGCGUAUUAGCGUGAGGGCAACCUUGGGGGCCCGUCGGACUGCGCGUGCGUGUGUGUGUGUGAGGGCGCGCGGGCGCGCGCGCUGGGUGGGAAAAGGAUCUUUCUCUGUGUGGGAAGGAACACCCCCCCACCCCCCAUACACACACGCCGCCCGCCCCCUCCCAAAUCUGCGGUGCAUGAGAGAAGCGUGUGUGUGCGUGCGCGCGCCUGCAGCCCUGUGCCGGCCGCGGGUGGCUUCCCUCUCCCCUCCCCCCACUUUUCUUUUGGGGGAAAAAAAGGCUUUUGUAGAUAUAUAUAUAUUUAUAAUUAUUUAUACUGAGGUGAGGGCCAAAAAAUGGCAAAAUCAGGAGGAGGUGGUGGAGGAGGAGGAGGAGGUGGCGGCGGCGGCGGAGGAGGAGGAGGAGGAGGAGGCGGCGGCGGCAGCGGGGGUUUAACCUGGGUGGUAAGUUGCCUUGGCAUUUUCUUUCGAUUUCUCUUCCCUUCUCGGCGGUGUUGCUUUCCUUUAACAGGCUUGGCUUGAAAUGGGAGGCGGAAGGCCUCGGGGAAAAUAAUGGAGGAGCGGCGAAGAUGCUUGCAGGGAUGGAGAAUGGGGAUGCAGAGAGAAAGGGAGAAGGGGGAGGACUAGGCUGCUUCCAGGGUGGAAAGUACAGGGUUGGGUGUUUGCUGAUUCUGGCGAGGGAAUGGGAGCCCUUGGCUUUGCUGCUAUGGGACCUUCACUUGCUGGCUUUUGGGGGGGGGGGACGGGUGUGUGGCCUGCCAGGGGUUCGCAGAGUUAAAGGGGGGGUUAUGUGGCACCCACUUGUGUUACUGACUCUUACUCAGUGUGCUUCUUGAGUACACAUGGCUAUUUUGUUUCUGUUGAUCAGUUGAUAAGAAGAGGGGUCUCCCCACCCCGCAAUCCCUGCAGAGUGGAAAGGUUGAAACAGUUUUUAAGGCCUCUUAGAUUUGUUUCGCGUCUAGCCAAAGCAUUGAACUAGCAGGCUGAAAGUGAACCGUCUCUCUAGCUGGGCCACUGCAGAAUUCACACCUGAACUAGUAAUAAGGAUUUGGGAUUUAUCAGUUUUCUGAAAACUGGGGUCCUUAUGUGCAAGUACCUUUAGCUCCAUCCCUACACAAAAUAGGUAAAUUAUGAGAGGAUCAGCUUUUGGAUCUUGAUAUAAAAAUACAGUGAGUAUUCUGCUGGGGAAAAUUUAGUGGGAAAGGGAGAGUUAAGUGGUCAUGAAGCCAUAGGAUGGGUUUUUUAAGAUUAGAGGUUGUGAUAUGCUGUUUCUGGCCCAGUUGAAAGAAAUCCCAUUUGGAAAGACCCCAGGAGGGAGCAGAUAGCUGAAUGGAUACAGUUCCCCAAUCAGUGAUUUACUUCUAUUUCUCUUGUUCAGCAGAGAGUUCAAACCAGGGUCACUUCCUUAAUGUAACUGGCAAGAAAAGGCAACACAGCACAAUGGUGUAAAGGAGCAGUUUUCUUCAACGGGCUUGCUGCUACUCUAGAGCUUCAUUUAGUAUUACAAUGUUACUACCCUAACUUCAUUAGGACUCUUGCUCUGAAAACAAAAAUAUUUCCAUUCCACUUUUAAGUCAGGUGUCCUGUAAAGGAAAGACAAUGUUGCUAUUCUUUAUAAAUUGAAAAGUGGCAAAUUCUAUGUGUGUCCCAGGAUGCCUAUUUUUAGGUACAUAGUGGCAGCCACGCUUUAAAAAUAAGGCACCAGGCAACUCGUGGAAUAUUGCAAUCGUUGCUGACAAGUAGGCUAUGUUUCUAUAACCAGGAGGGCAAACUAUUCCCUGUUCUUCUGUUGUACUUGCUGGAGGAACAGUUGACAUGUGCAAAGAGCAGAACAGAUGUUAAUGUAAAUGUCCCAGUUUGCUUUGUCAAGCUGUAGACUGGACUGUAUGAGUGGAUUUGUGAGCAGGGAUGGUCUUCACCUUGCUACUUCAUAUAGCAGUGGUACCCACCUUCUGAUGAGCAGAUUGACUUGAUGAUAGAUAUGCCUACUUGCCAUUUGAAACAGUUAGUCGAUCUCAUAGAUCUAUCAGAUGCACUUGCAGGUGCAUGUAUCCAGCCAGUGGAAAGUUUUGAGGGAAUGUCAUUCUUAAGUGCUUUCUAGUCUUGCUUCUUUAAUAAAUUAACUUUGAAAGUGGAGCUAUAAUAAGGGUCACUAUUUGGGAUGAUAUAUUAACUCCACUAACUUUUAAAAAAAUAUGUCCAGAAAUGCAAAUUGAGCAAAACAUUUAGUAUGGACACAAUGGCAUUAGUGUUCCAGCUAAAGUCCCAACUAUCUUUGAACUUGCACUUUGAAUUUAGUAGUUGAGGGCUGGGAUUAUUUCAUUUGUGAUGCAAGAGCACUAAAUCAUUUUCCUAAAAAGUAUUGCUAUUUGUAUAUUGUGUGUAUAGUUGUAAUUGUCUGCUACUUCCAUGGUCCUUGUUCUUUCGGCUUUCAAAGUGAUCUUUCAUUGCUUUACAAUAUUUGUAUUAAAAUUGUGAUUCUGCGUGUAUAAAAAUUGCCAAGGCCUCAAACACUAGACAUAGUGAGCUCUCUGCUAAAGGAAGAAUUCAUGUUCAAAGGUGUCUUUGACAGAUUAUUACUAUUUAUUGUGACUACAUUUCAGAGUUAAACUAGUACAUGCGUCCUUGGCAGAUAAUGCCUUUUGGAAUUUCUUAUGGAUAACACCAUUAAACAGUGGAGUUAGGCUCCUUAAAUGGAACUCGCCCCCCCCCCCAAAAAAAAUUGUGUAUACCCGUUAAAUAUGUUUUGAUAUUAGUAUAAUAACUUAAUUACUGGUACAUUUUAAAAAAAAUAAAUUAUACCCUCAAAACUUUUCUGAAUAAAUUGUGGAAGUUGAGUAAACUGUUUCUUUUCAAUAAAUAUUAAAGUUAAAACUGGAAUUGAUUCACAGUGAUUUUCCCCAUUGUGAGUACUGGAUGUAACGAUCCAAGGGGAGGUAUCUGCUCUAAUCUAUUUUGUAUCUUUGCCAAUUUACAGUGUAUUAAAGAAGUUGGGGAGACUGUAUCUGUAAAAGGAAUAUACAGACCUUAAGUACAUUAACUUUACGUACAUAAACAUUAGCUUUUCUAGCCAAACUUUUUUGUCAUAACAAAAACCCCUUAAGCAAGGAGAUUGGUACACAGCUAGAACUUUUAUUAUGCUUCCUGUGCAAGACCUCAUUUUCUGCCCUCUCACGUUGAAUUUUUCUGCACAUCAUGCCAGUAAUACAUCUUGGAAUGGCACAUUCCUAGAAUGCAGAACCAGAGCAAAUACGCAUAUAGUCAUGGUAGAUUUGAUCCAUGCGGCUUCUUAUAGAAAGGAAAGAAAAAAAAGAAAUGUAAAUGAAAUAUUAAGACUUCAUCCAUUUUUGCUCAGAGGUUAAAAGAAUGAAAUAAUUGGCUUGUAUUUAUGUAUGUAGCACUAAAACUUGGCUUAGUGCUAUGUUUGAGCCUUGACUUGUAUGCUCCCCUCUGCUCCCCUCCCACAUGGUCUGAUGGAAUUCUAUACAAGUUUUACUUUCCACAAAUCCUGGCUUGUUAGUGUAGCAGCCCAAUAGGCAAUGAUUUAAAACAAAUUUUGGUUUAUCAAGCCAGCUUCAUGACGGGUUUGAAAUUGUUUUGUUUAGAAACCUAUCAGUAUUUAUUUUAAACCAUGAUACUUAGUUCAGAUACCUAAAAGCCAGGUUGCAUGGAAACUUAAAGUAAACACUAAAAAUCUCAUGGGGCGUGCAUGUGUCUUCAGGCUUUUUCCAGCUCAUGCACAUAGCACUAAACCAUGGGUUAGUGUUACAUGUGUACUAUCCAUCUAUCCAUCUUUUGCUGGCCAUACAUUUGCUUGCUUGAAAUCACACUGACAUUCGAAAAGCUUGUAUCUAUUACUAUGCUCAAGUGACACAUACAAACAAUACAGCUGACAUGCAGACCAAGUCCAAAACUGCAUUUAAUUUAUGAAGUGGUGGAACAAAUGCAGCCUUAAUUCCCAUAGCUACUGGCAGCUGAAGAUGGUCUAAUACUUUCUUCUUGCAAGCAUAUAUAACAGGUGACAUCUGUGCCCAAAGAGAUGUAUAGGGCUGCAAAUAUUUAAAUGUUUCCAUCUGUGAUUAGUUGUUGAUCAAGGAGAUAAUACAGAGAAUGUGUAACUGUUAAAGCUGAGAACCUGAUCUGGACCAUCUGUUCCAUAGUUUUGUAAAAUAAUAUGGUUCGUGUGUACGUAAAGAAACAUCACUUUAAGAUAUUACAAGACAGCUUCUCUUCUGAUGGAGUUGUAAAGUGUUUGAAUCAUGAACAUCAGAAUAUUUUAUACCCUAUGUACUUAUGACCUUAAAGACCUUUUACUAGGAACUAAUAAAAGGUGGUUUCUUUAAAGGUAAUGAUAAGUGUGUCAUAAUUUGGGAACAAACCAACUAUUCUGUCAACUUAUGAGUAGAAGCCUUUCCUGUCCCCCGCCAAUUUAACACAUUUACAUCUUGGAUCUAUGUAUGCUGACUUAGGAGUAAGUCCCAAGUCAUAGGAUUGCAACCUUAACCUUUGUGAAUUAAAACCCAACAUUACCAUUAGUACUGUACUCAUUGGUUUGGUGUGUUUUUUUAAAGUGCUAUUUUGGUGUUCUUGGACAAUGAGAAGUAGGAAAAGUGAGGCAGCAGCUGUAGUUCAUUUAAAAAAAUUUAAACCUCAUAGUAGAGACUUCAGUGCAGUUUAAAAUAUAUCUUUGACCACACCUCCAAUAAAUAGUUGAAAAAGGCACAAUGCUUUAAAGGCAUAAAAGCUGUGUCUGAUCUGGAAUCUCACAAGACUGCUGAAAUAAUACAUUGCAUAUCUGUCUAAAACAUAAUAAGAGUUUGCCAUUACAGAGUGUUUUACAACCUUGGAACAACAAUAAGACUGGCCGUAUUCACAUGCCACUUGGAAUUUUGGUUAAGCUUAACUAUGUCUUAAAAUGCAGCAUGCUGGUGCGCAGGGAGAAAAUCACAGCCGCUUCACUCCUUCUGUGGUGCUGCAGCAUUAUGGGAGCCUAACCAUGGUUUGUAUUGGAGUUCUGUCUGAAGCUGGGCUUGUGGUUUCUCUCUCCCCCACCCUCCCCGUAAUCCAUGAGCUAUGAGCUUGGUUACAGCUUGUGCUUCGGGAGAGAGACAAAUCACACUUCUGAGUUCAGACUACACUAAGGCAAACCAUGGCUUAGCUCUUACGAACGGAGCAGCAGGAAUAGGAGGAGUGAAGCGACCAUGAUUCUCUGUGUGGUUCACCUUUAAACUAUAGUUAAGCAGUACUGUGCUGCCCUGGUGUUGGUGUUCCAUUGCACCAGAAGCGACUUAGUCAUGCUGGCCACAUGACCCAGAAGAGCUGUCUGCGAAGUGGACAAACGCCAGUUCCCUUGGCCUGUAAAGUGAGAUGAGCGCCGCAACCCCAGAGUCGUUUGCGACUGGACUUAACUGUCAGGGGUCCCUUUACCUUUACCUUACUCUGGUUUAAAGUGACAUGUUAACUAGGCCAGAGUUUCUGGUCCUGUCACAUUUUUAAACCUUCAGAUGUUCUAUUCUGUGUACAUAUAUCAUUCAUGCAUACAUCAUUUCAUUUGUAUGUCCCCUUCCCAUAGUUAACACAUUGCUCAAAGGUGGCUUACAGUAUAAAAAAAAUACUUUAAUUACAAUCAUAGAAGUCAUAAAGAAUGUUUAAAAAUUAAAAAAAUACCCACCCAGAUUAAAUAAAUUUCCACAUAAGUCAUAAUAAGAUCUAAAAUAAAGAUAUAAAACAGCAACACCCCUCCCCAAAAAAACCUUCCCUGAAACAUACCUCAGCCAAAGAGUCUGCUCAGCAGCCUCAGCUUUUGUAGCUGGAGUCAUUCAGGGCCCUGCUCACCCAAGCCUGGAGGAAAAAGGCCUGCAAGGCCUUCCAUGACUCACAGCCAAGAUGGCAUAGUAGCCUUAUGUGUGUGCUGGGGAAGAGAUCAUGUGGGGAGAACAACUUCUUAGCAUUUUUAGGCCAUGGACUGCUCUAAAGCAGGUAUGAGAAACCUGUGGUCUACCAUAGGUUGCUGAAAUGCAACUCAUGUUAUCUCUGAUGUUUGGUAAUGUUGGCACCUGAAGAGCCACAGUCCCCCACCCCCAGUUCUGAAGGUAGCUAGCACUUUGAAUUAGGUUCCAGUGCUACUUUUUCAGUGGGGUUGCUGAUGUUGCUGUUGUUAUUCAUGUCACGUAUAUACCACUUUAUAUUUUAAAGGGGAAAAAAUCUAAAGCUGUUUACAAUGCAUUGAAACAUCAAAUAAACUGGGUGUGGGGGAUGAACCAUGUACUCCUUGCAAAAAAAAGUGGGAUUUAAAUGCAAUAAAUAGGCUCUUCGGCUUACCUGCUUAAGAAAGCCAGGUGGAGAUGUCAGUUGCCAACCUGCAAUCGGACCUGCACCAGUUGCAAAACACGCUUGGAGCGUGGCUAAUUUCAAACACUGCUUCAGAGAUAAAACUAAACCACAAUUUUGCCCUGAGCCUUUUAGGUGUCACAGGCCUACAUGUUCCUUCCUCUCCGUUGUUCUCUCAGGUGCUGCUUUGGGUUAAAUAUCAAAAUAUACAUUUUGCUACCAACUGGGAACCUGUGGAGUAUGGAGUGUGUGAGCUGAAGGCUCAUUCACCCAGUGCCAAACCAUGGUUUGGUGUUAACCUUUGAACCAACCCUAUAUGGCAGUCUCCCUCCCUUUUUAAAGUGAGGGCACUUUUAACGUUUUGUAUUAUGGUGUGGGGAUAUUUCCUGUAUAGAGGGGUGGAGAGAAAUCUUUAACAUGACCCAGUAGAAAGUGCAGAAGGUAAUAGGUCAGAUAAAUUCCCAUAUUAUAAAAAAAAGAAAACUCUUCUACCAAAGCCAACAAUAUGGAGGCAUGUCCUCUAUGCAUCAAUAAAGUUACCUCUUGGUUUGUAUCUUUUCCUCUAGUGGCAGCAAACAUUGCUACUAGCCCAAAGUCUUUGCACAAUGAAGAAUUAGAAAGCUGUAGUUAUUUUAUUAAUGGAAAAGGUUCUUACUUGCGGUUGUAGAGUGGGAUGAAUCAGUAUAGUUUGGUUACCUUUCCUCCUUUUAUUUCAGACACUUUUUGAUAAUCAGAAUAAUGCUUCAAAAAAGGAAGAACCUGAACACAUGAAUAAGAAUGAUUCAAAGAAGAUGUCUGUUGAGAGAGUUUAUCAGAAAAAGACUCAGCUUGAGCAUAUUCUUCUCCGUCCUGAUACAUACAUUGGUUCAGUGGAACCUGUAACUCAGGUAAUUUUUAUUUUUCUCUUUAAUUAAAACAAGUGUUUAUAUUGUAACUGAAGGUUUCAAGCAAUGUUUCUGUGUGGUUUUCCCCCCUAUGUCAGUCCAAAUGUAUGGGAGGGAUACGGAGAAAAAACAGUCCUGAGAAUUAAAAAUAAAUAUGUUCUGUGAAUAUUUAAAGUAAUAGCAGUAAAUAUUUAUUUUAAAGUUCAGUAAAGUAAACUCUUGUUUUUGUGUGUUUGUGUGUAGCUGAUGUGGGUGUUUGAUGAAGAUAUAGGAAUGAAUUGUAGAGAGAUUACCUAUGUACCUGGCUUAUACAAGAUCUUCGAUGAAAUUCUUGGUAAGUGUUUAUAAUUGUGAUAUUCUGCCAUCCUCAGCAUUUUCAAAGUGCUUACAAUGGAAUAAUUCAGGAGAGUUUAGAACUGGCAAAAACAUGUUAGUAAUCAACCACGAUAAAGAGUAAAAAUAGAUUGUGGGAUUGCAUGCUCCCUUCUUUCAGGGUCAUACGCUUACAAAUUCCCUCCAUUCAGCCCCUGCUGCUCUUAACUAUGACUUGGGCUUAUACUAAUUUUGAACUGAUUAAUGUUCAGUGUGUAUUUCCAGUCCAGAAUUUGCAAAGAUCCAAAUGGUACAUAAGGAGUCCAGUCAGUUCAGAGUUAACCAUAGUAGUUUUUGAAGAACUCAGCAUUGUAAGGGACCUCUAGGGUCAUCUAGUAUAACCUCUUGCUGAUUCAAGAAACUCACCACUGCAUAACACCGUACCAUUGUUAAGGGUGGAGGGGACUGGGAAACCAACAAACAAUCCUACAACUUAUUCCCUGUCUCCUAAUCAUAAUUAUAAUGGCCAUGUACCAUCAUAGCAACCUAAAAUUCCUUUAAUUUUAUGUGGCACACUAGAACUAUGCAUUGGUGAGGUUUUCAGUUUUACAUUUUGUAUGAUCAAGGAUUAUGGCGGCAUUGGGAACACCAUAACUGAGGCUCACAAAUAAAUCAACACAAGUUAUUAGCUCAUAAAAUAUUUUACCAGCCUCCUAUUCGCUCAUGUCCAGGUUGAUUGUCUGUGAACCUAAGAAGAUAAAAAUGACAACUUUUGUAAAGAUUCCUUACCCUGGUCAACCGAAGAUAAAUAUUACUUGCCACAGGUGACUAGUGAGUGGAUAUUUACAAGCUUGCAAUAAUUUUAUGUCAGGAAUCUAGCUCAAUAGUGACUUAAGUGAAAGUACUACUGUACCAUCACCAAUAUCAUGUACAAUUUUAUUUAUUUUGUUGUCAUUUCAUAUUAGCUAUUGGCACAUGCUUGCUGAAAUAUUCAAGCAUAUUAAAAAGCUGGGAAAUUGUCAGCGUGAUCCUCACUCUGAAUCAUAAUACUUGAUUUUAGACCAUUUUAUUCAUCUGAAAGCCUAUAGUAUUCCCCACCACCACCUCUGUAGUAUAACUAAAGAGGACUGAGAUAUCUGACAACUUUUUUCUGUUAAAGUAAAUGGUCUAUGAAGUUUAUCAUUCAACAACACAGAAAUAUUCAGUAACCAAAGUAUGGCUGGUCCUUUAAUCAUGCUAUUCCACACAAUUUACUAAAUUGCAAGUAGAGUUACCACAUUUUAUUAGCAGGCUCUUACACAUUUCAUAGCUCUUUUGCAGGCAGAAUUUCACCAGGAAAUUCCUAGCAUAAAGAUGCAUUAUUAGAAUAAGUUUCGCAAAUUGAAUUAGACUGUUGUGCAGCUGUUAAAAACACAGGAGCUCUGUCAAAUUGGCUGAGAAUUUCCCCCUUAGUCUAGUUUUUAAAACAUGAUUUGUCCACAUUUAGGCCAAAUUCAUAAUAUUUAGUUCAGUAAAGGGAUUUUGUUUUAGAGGGCCAGAGUACUGUUUUAAUGAUUUCGGGGAAUUAAAUUAAAAUUUAAUAUUGCCAGAUCUAAUAGAGGCAGGGAAGGAUUAUAUAUGUGUGUAUGAUGUCCUGUCACAUGGAAAUCUUUGUAAUCAUGUAACUAAAACUACGUGUCAGACCACUUAGGAGUAUUCCUCAUUGAAAUCAAUGGAGCUUACUUCUGAAUAGAUGUGUAUGGGGUAGUACUGAACAGGAUAAUUCAGCUUAUAUCCUUCUUUGCUGUCCUAGAAACAGGGCACAGUUGCUGGUCAGUGGUGGCUAAUAGCCAUGUGUUUGGUGUGGAGGGGAGGUGAAAGGGAGAAGCAAUUAAGAAAUGCAGCAUUAAAUCACAAUGAAAAAUAAUGGAAACGGCAACAGCAAAAAAUUUAAACAAAAUGUAUGUGUCACAAUGGCAUUCUUCACGUCAUAAUGCCAUUAAGAACUGGAUAAACUAACUAGAAGUGUGUCGUAGUGUAUUUUGUGACUAAUAUUUCUUAAGGUGAAUUAACUGAUACAUUUGAGUAGCCUUUUACUGAUUUACUCUUCUGCCUGGGAACAUCAUCCAUGAACUCGGGAGUCACAGAUUUCACUUCCAGAUUUGUGAGCUCCAGCAUUUCAGUUGCCAGGGAUCACAUCGCAUUGGGGAGACAUGCUUAUCUUGAAAAACUGGUACUGGCAUAAUGUGUGAACUAUCCAUUGGCAUUAUGUUUGAUAUUGAAAAAGUAGAAAAACUAAAAGAAUAAAGUUGGGGCCAUUGACAUCAGAAUGAAAUAAGUAUGAGUGCAGUGAUAAGUAACAUACUAGAAAGGUCCGAAUGAACUCAGUGGAUGGUUUCAGGAAGAUCAUAUGAUGUGUUAAAGUUUCUCAGAGGUAUAUCAUGUGUUGCAUGUGAAUACAAAAAUAUUUAGCUAGUUGAAGUUGGUUGGAUACUUAACUAGGUAAAGUUUUUUUUACUGCCACUAAGAAAUGUUUAUUCAUUUUUAGUAAAUGCAGCAGACAAUAAACAGAGGGAUAAGAAUAUGACAUGUAUUAAAAUAUCAAUUGAUCCGUAAGUAAACUUUUUUUCUAAUUUACCUGAGAAAAGGGCAUUCAUUUUUUUGUAGUUGACAUGUUUAAGUAAAAUUUGGCUUGCAUUAUUUAGAGUACUUAGAGCGAAGGAAUGUUAAAAUGCAUAUUCAUAGAAAAGGCAGUUAAAAUAGUGGGGAGAAUUUUGAAUGUCAUAGGAGGAAGACAUUUUGAGUGUUAAGUCUGCAGUAGGCAAUUGCCCCUGUUUUUAUGGAUGUGAUAUGAGUACAUUUUUUUAUGGAUGUGAUAUGAGUACAUUUUUAAGAGAUUACUUCAUUGAGUACUCAACAUAUGCAGACUUUCAUUUGUACGAACAAUUUUGUUUUUUCAAAGCGGAAAACGUUCAUGGGACACCAAAGGUGCAUUUCCACUAGCAGAAAGCAUUUUUUCAUGGAAGGGGUCUUCACUUGGUGGAAUAGCAAUACAUGAUAAAAGUGACCCCAGUUCAGAACCGUUCUUGUGUAAGACUUUUCACAAGCUUGUUCCCUGGUCUGUUCAUUGCUUGCUACAGUUUAUAGCCUACAGCCUGUGUUUUCCUUAUUCAUUUUUAUAUAGUAUAAAUCUUAAGACAACCCUGGUUACUUUGGCACUGCACUUUCAGAAUUUAUGGUAUAGCCCAAAUACAUUGUUUCUUUCUGCUCAGUCUUUUGUUUCCGUAUUAUAGUAUGUAUAUACAGUUGUACCUUGGAAGUUGAAUGGAAUCCGUUCCGGAAGUCUGUUCAACUUCCAAAACGUUCAAAAACCAAAGCUCAGCUGCUUCUUCUUCUUCUUCUUUAAAUUUGAUCUUUAUUGGUUUAUAAUCGACACAGACACAUUGGGGGGCGCGCGACAAAAAUAGCACAUCAUUUGCAACAAAAGAAAGAAAAGAAAACAGUACAGUGUGAAAACACAAACACAUUUCAGCUAUCGACUUCUGACCUCCUUGGUGUGGGUUCUUUGUUUCCUUGUUACCUGCCUCUAUUUUUCAAUAAACUUAACCUAUAUUAUAUCUUAUUUGUGUUCUUUAUACCAUAUGCAAUUCUGAGAGCUAUUCAAAGCAUUCUAAAGUUUUAAUAUGGGGACAAUGUUCUUUUAAAUAUUGCCUAUAGAUCUCCCAUUCCUUUUUAAACUUUUGGGUCGUUCUAUCCCUGAUCUUUUCUGUCAUAUUCACUGUUCCAUAUAUUCAAGUAGUUUAACUUGCCACUCCUCUUUUGAUGGAAUUUUAUCUCCUUUCCACCCCUUGGCAAUCCAAAAACCAAAGCGCAGCUUCUGAUUGGCUGCAGGAAGCUCCUGCAGCCAAUUAGAAGCCCCAUCAGACGGUUGGUUUCCAAAAGAACGUUCAAAAACCGGAACACUCACUUCCGGGUUUCGAUCGUUUGGGAGCUGAUUUGUUCAGGAGCCAAGGCAUUUGAGAUCGAAGGUAUGACUGUAAAGUAUUUUGAGGCUAUAGUCAAUGUGAAAACUGAGUAAGCUUGGGUUAAGGAUGGCUUUGUAUUUGUGAAAUCCAUGAGUUACACUUUAUCUUUUGCCUGAAAGGUGCCCUGAAACUUGAGCUUUCUUUUUUCUUUUCUUUUUUAAAGUAAGGUUAUGGGGGGAAAUGUGUAGAUACCUUUUCUGUGAAAAGAGAUUGAGUACAGUGUGAUCAGUACUCACUUUUCCUGGUACAGAGGAAUUCUCCCUGUUGCUAUUAGACAGCAACAGUGUGUGUGUGUAAGUGUAUGCAAAUUCAACAUUGUGUGACAAAAUAUUUAUUUACAUCUCCAGUGAAUCAAAUAUUAUAAGUAUCUGGAAUAAUGGAAAAGGCAUUCCAGUCGUGGAACACAAGGUAGAAAAGAUGUAUGUUCCUGCCUUAAUCUUUGGACAGCUGUUAACUUCCAGCAAUUAUGAUGAUGAUGAGAAAAAAGUUACAGGUAAACAUUUUGUUCAGGACCUAUUAGAGGACUAAUACUAAUUUGUUGUCAUCAUUUUGUAAUGCUUGGCUUAUUUUUGAUAGAAGGGAAAUACUUUGGUUGGCAAUAAAGUAUAUGCAAGAUUUAAUUUGACAUUCCUCUAGCUGACAGUUCCUAGUCCUUCAUUAAUACAUAAUGUGUAUACUUACUGGAAUCCCUUGUGCACACUUAGUAGCAUUAGGAAAUGUUUAGUAGGACAAACAAAAUUUUGGGAUAAAUUGUUUUCUAAAUGUUUUUCCCUUAUUUUUUCAGGUGGUCGUAAUGGCUAUGGUGCAAAACUUUGUAAUAUAUUCAGUACAAAGUUUACAGUUGAAACUGCUUGCAAGGAGUACAAACACAGCUUUAAACAGGUAUGCUGGUUUCCCUUUAAUUCUUUGGACUUACCCUCUUUGGUUGAAAAAAAUCCCCCUUUUAAAAGCUUUAUAUUGCACAAAAUAUAUCCAUUUGUAAUUCUUUUGAAAAUACCAAUUAGCUCAAUAAGAUGUUUGGUCCAUUUGCAUCUUAAGGAUAUUUGUCUUGUUUGAAAAAGUCCUAACAUAUAACUAUAGAAACGUGUGUGAUUCUCCUUAAUUGUCUUAACCCUAGUGGAGAACUAACAAAAACUACUAUUGUGUCAUCUUUUUCAGUGCAUUCAGUUUCUGGUCAGUGUGCGUGUAAAUUGAUUUAUCUUCUCACAAGAAGGUGGUUGGCCUGGUUUAGGAAAAUAUUCUUCACCGCUGUUGUUCAUAGCUGUCAACUUUUCCCUUUUCUUAUGAGGAAUCCAACGCAGAAUAAGGGAAUUUCCCUUAAAAAAAAGGAAAAAGUUGACAGCUACGGCUGUUGUUACCAUAUCUUUUGAGAUAAAAUGGAGCCUCAUUUCUAGCCUUCUCAAUAUGGCAUCAGCAUGUAUAGUUUUUUCACCUAAAAGCUGCUGUUACAAAUAUGUUGCAGCAUAGGAUGAAAAUGUUUAACUGAACUAUCUAUCAGGGUCACUGAUGAAUGAUAACCCAGCUUCUACCUAGGGUUUUAAUAGGUCAUAAGAUUUUAUGGUAAGUGUAUUUGUAAUGUAUUUUUGUCGGUGUUUGUCCUUUGAUGCUAUGGCCUGUCGGCUACGCAAAUAAAGUCUAUUGAUUGAUUGAUAUCUAUUUUGUAAUUUAUGAACUUCUGUGUAUUCACAUUGUGGGUGGCGCUUGCAGGUGGCACUGUGGUGUAAACCACUGAGCCUUGGGCUUACCGAUCAGAAGGUCAGCGGUUCGAAUCCCCACAACGGGGUGAGCUCCCGUUGUUCGGUCCCACCUCCUGCCAACCUAGGAGUUCAAAAGCACGUCAAAGUGCAAGUAGAUAAAUAGGUACCGCCCUGGCGGGAAGGUAAACGGUGUUUCCGUGCACUGUUCUGGUUUCUCCAGUCAUGCUGGCCCCAUGACCCGGAAAAACUGUCUGCGGACAAAUUUCGGCUCCCUUGGCCAGUAAAGCGAGAUUAGCGCCACAACCCUAGAGUCGUUCACGACUGGGCUUAACUGUCAGGGGUCCUUUACCUUUUUUAUGUAUUCACACUAGGAAAUUUUCCAGGAAAAUUUAAAAACAAAAAUUGUUCUGAAAUUAUGUCUGACUUCCACUGCUAGUAUUCCUGUAGGGUUAGCAAACUUUUAAAAUAAUUUUGUGAUUUAUUUAAUUUUGGAGUCACUCCAUAAUCGUUCUGAAUCAAUGAUGCAGUGGCCCACAAUCAAGUUAUUUGGUUGCAGUAUCAGUUAUGACAUGGUAAAUAGUUACGUUAUACUUGCCAUGUUGUUGCUUAUAAUCAUGUUGGGGUGGUAUUUAUUUUAUUUUUGAAGGACAAAGUUUAAACUCUUCGUACUGCCCUUAAAUACAGAUUUAACAUACCUGCAAAUUGCAAGAAUCAACAUUCUUCUAUGCACCUUUUUUGGUAGAAUAUAGAAAGAUUGCUACUGACAUGUACUCCCUCUCUCUUUCUCUCAUUUUUAAACAAAGACUUGGAUGAACAAUAUGAUGAAGACUUCUGAUGCCAAAAUAAAACAUUUUGAAGGCGAUGACUACACAUGUGUCACAUUCCAACCAGAUCUUGCUAAAUUUAAGAUGGAAAAACUUGACAAAGAUACUGUGGCCCUAAUGACAAGAAGAGCUUAUGAUUUGGCAGGAGCAUGUAAAGGGGUCAAAGUUAUGUUUAAUGGAAAGAAACUACCUGUAAGAGGCUUAGUAAAUUAUUUCCAUAAUUGUAUUUGUGUGCUUUAAAACAGUAAGUAAUUAAUUUUGUAAAAUCACAGGUGAAUGGUUUUCGUAGUUACGUUGAUCUUUACGUAAAAGACAAGUUGGAUGAAACUGGAGUUGCUCUGAAAGUUAUCCAUGAACUUGCAAAUGAACGCUGGGAUGUAUGUCUCACUUUAAGUGAGAAAGGAUUUCAGCAAAUUAGCUUUGUGAACAGUAUUGCUACCACAAAGGUGAGUUGUUUUAUAUAAUUUACAGUGGUUGAACUGGUAAACAGCAUAAAGGGAAAUGUGGCAUUAAGCUACUCAUGAAUGUCAUGUUACUGUGGUUAAAAUGUCCAACAUUUAAUUCCUAAGCACUACGUCGGUUCAAUUUUUUAAAGAAGACUUUCAGUUUAAAUAUUUUGCAAUAAAUUUCCUUAGUAGACAAAAAAGGUGAGAGACUGGCAUAAGGCAUGAAUAGAUGCAUCCAGGGUAUUUUGAGUUUAUUGCAACAUUCACACUUUUUAACAAUGCCAACCUUCCCUAACCUGAUGCCUUCCAGGUGUUUUGGAUGACAGUUCUUAUUAUCCCAUACCAUUGGCUGAGGCUGAUGGAUAUUGAAUCCAAAAUAUCUGAAAGGCACCAAGUUUGGGAAGACAGAACUAUGCCAGUGGUAUGCAUUCCAGGUUUGAUAAUUUGUAACAUCCUGUGCUCCCACAUAUCUUAGGCCAGGCACCCCCAAACUCAGCCCUCCAGCUGUUUUGGGACUACAACUCCCAUCAUCGUAGCUAACAGGACCAGUGGUCAGGGAUGAUGGGAAUUGUAGUCCCAAAACAGCUGGAGGGCCGAGUUUGGGGAUGCCUGUCUUAGGCUCUCAUGCAGUUCAUGGAAUUGAUAUAUAAUUUAUAUAUAAAAUAAAGAAUGCUUGUGGUGUAUGUGUACACAUGCACCUUUACUAGUUUAGAGAUGUUAGAAUAUGAGAAAGCGAGCGCAAACAUUUCUGGGUAUCUUAUUUCUUUGUCCCUCCUGUGGAAACUACAGAUAAAUUAGUAAUUAGUAAUUCUAAAGUUUAAUUCUCUCUCUUUACUGACUUCCUUUUAUUUUUAAUUUUAAGGGUGGUAGGCACGUUGAUUAUGUUGUAGAUCAAAUUGUUGGAAAAUUGAUAGAGGUGGUGAAGAAAAAGAACAAAGCUGGCGUUUCAGUGAAACCAUUCCAGGCAAGUUGAUCCUCGCUUCAGAGAAAAAUAUUGGUCUGUCCUCGUUUCAGAUAAAAAGGUUUAUCAUUUCGGUAUCUUUGAUUCCUUUAUUGUUUGUGUGUGUGUUUGCUUUUUGAACAGGUAAAGAACCACAUAUGGGUUUUUAUUAAUUGCCUCAUUGAGAACCCGUCUUUUGAUUCUCAAACGAAAGAGAACAUGACACUUCAGCCUAAAAGUUUUGGGUCCAAAUGCCAGUUAUCAGAGAAGUUUUUCAAAGCAGUAAGUAUUGCAUAUUUAUUUGAUAUUUUUAUGGGAAAUAUGGGAAAUGUAAUCCUCUUUGCAUAAAGGAAGGGAACUAUGACAUUCAGAUUUAUGUGGUUUUUUAGUAUGACAGUGUUGACUGUCCAGAAAUGACCGUUAAUGUGGCUGAAUAGAAAAUAAUUAAUUACCAGAGUCCUCCUGGUUUUGCUUGUAAAAUACCUUUUUUAAUAAAUGAAAUAUUAAGGUUAUUUUGCGCACGAUAAAUUUGCAGUAUAUCAUUUUUGGAGAGAAAUCGAUCCUGACACUUCAGUAUAUUUUAUUUCUAUCAGUGUGAACCUUUUUUUGUAUUCCUAAGAAUGACUGUGAUUUUUUUUUGUUUUGUAUUAUAGGCCUCUAAUUGUGGUAUUGUAGAAAGCAUCCUGAAUUGGGUGAAAUUCAAGGCACAAACACAGCUGAACAAAAAAUGUUCAUCAGUGAAACACAGCAAAAUUAAGGGCAUUCCAAAACUCGAUGAUGCUAAUGACGCUGGUAAGAGCAAACUGUCUUCUAGCAUAGUUACCUGUAUAAAAUAUGCAUUUUAUUUUUUCAUAAAAAGACUAAAUGACCAACACACAUAUUCAAAAUUUUGAACAAAUAUAUUUUCCCUUUGAGCAAAUACGUUUUCCUCAUGCAUUGUAAAAAUGACCCUAUUUCAGCAUUAAUGUCUUCAUGCUGUGCACAAUUAUGUUAAAGCAAGCUUCUCUUUUCCUCUUUAUAUUGUUUGCCACUGAAAGAUUAAUUCUGGACAAAGGGUUUAAAACACUUUCUUAUAUAAUUGUUGAUUAAAAGAAGCAAAUCAAGUCAAAUAUGCAUCUCUGCCUUUUCAAUCAAUCAGUUGCUUUUUAAAAAUUGAGUUAACUGUGUGUUGCUUUCUUGCAUAUAGUCUUGGCUGAAGAUUUCGUCAACUUAAUUUUUUUGUCUCUCUCUCUCUCCCCGCCCCCCUCCCAAUUUGAAGGUGGCAAACAUUCCUUGGAUUGUACAUUGAUUUUAACUGAGGGAGACUCUGCCAAAUCUUUAGCUGUCUCUGGCUUAGGUGUCAUUGGAAGAGAUAGAUAUGGCGUGUUUCCACUCAGGGGUAAAAUUCUCAACGUUCGAGAAGCAUCUCACAAACAGGUAAGGAAAAGCCAUUUAAGAAGGUGGCUGAUGAGUGUAUACAUAAUACACAUAUAACACACAUAUGUAUGUCUCUGUGUAAUAUAUACAUGCUAAACUGUUGCUUACCUCCAUUUCUGCUUUCUACACAGAUUAUGGAAAAUGCAGAAAUUAACAACAUCAUAAAAAUUGUAGGUCUACAAUACAAGAAAAGUUAUGAAGACCCAGAGUCUCUGAAAACAUUAAGAUAUGGCAAAAUAAUGAUCAUGACUGAUCAGGUCAGUGAAAGAUUUAGAAUUCAAACAACCCAUCCCACUUUGCCACGUUGCUUUGAAGAUAAUUCUGUUCUCCUUAUCAUCUCUGUAUUACUUUUCAUAUCACUUGCCUGGCUGCCUCUCAGCCUUUAUUUCACACCACCUUGGCAACACCCCCUCUUUGCUCCUUAGUGAUUCGGACAUUCAUAUUUGUUUAGCCCCCUUGAGUCCUGUCAGGGGGAAAGGUGGGGUAUAAAUGAGUUUAAAAUAAAAUAAAAAUUAAAAAUACUUCUGCCUUUGUUCAGCCUUGACAUUUCAUUUAUUUUUUAUAUUUAGGAUCAGGAUGGAUCUCACAUUAAAGGCUUGCUGAUCAAUUUUAUUCAUCAUAAUUGGCCUUCCCUUCUGAAACAUGGAUUUCUUGAAGAAUUCAUCACUCCAAUUGUAAAGGUAAGUACACAUUCUUCUGACACUAAUUAUAAACAUACAGGGACAAAAAAUUCAUGUUCUUUCCUGAUGUCAAACAUUUUCAAAACAACAUCCUUCUAUGUAGUAAAAAUAUAUAUAUUCAGGGAAUAGAUACCUUACUGAGUUGAAUGUUAUCCUAAAGCAAAAAGUGACAAAAGGAAAGAGAAUAAACUCAGAUACAUACAAACCCUUUCUUGGAAUAUACCAACAAAAGAAAAAUGUGAAAAGUUGAAAUAGAAAGAAGUGGUAGAACUAACUUGCCUUUUAUUUUUUCUUCUGACUUUGGGGAAUUUGGAAAGGGAACUCUGGGUUAGAGAGUUCCAUUUGUUUAUCAAAUUGAGGCUUUGUACAAAUGCUGUAAUAUGUUCGGAACUGUGAUUUAUUUAGCAUUGGCACAGGCAUUCGCUGCAUGAGAAUAAAAUCACAAGCACUGGAAGAAGUAUUUUGCCUGGACAUUAUUGGGAAGAGGCUGAACACAUCUCCCAUAUUUCCAUCUAGGCCUCUUCUCUUCCCCAAUCCAAUUCCUUAAGAUCUGGACCUCAAAUAACUUGUGGUGCAUGAAGAGAGAAGGAUUAAUGGGGGCAUGGGAGCUGUGUACUGAUCAUUAGCUGUAAUGUGUGAGAGAGAUGGCGGGGGAGCUCCUGCACCCACAGCAAUCUAUUUUGAAUGUAAUUUUCAUAAACUAGAAUAAAAAAAUAGUUGCAGGAUCUAACUUGUAAAUCUUUUGUUUUUAAGGCAAGCAAAAAUAAACAGGAACUUGCCUUCUAUAGUAUUCCUGAAUUUGAUGAAUGGAAAAAACAUAUGGAAAACCAUAAAGCGUGGAAAAUAAAGUACUACAAAGGUUUGUGUUUUAACUUCCUUGCCCAACAGCCAAGUACCAAAUCCUUUGAGAUCCAGUCCAGUUAAACUUAUUAAUAACUAACAGCCCGGUCUUUACAUGUUUUCUCAUAAGUAAGUUCAACUGAGUUUAAUGGGGCUUACUCUCAGGUAAGCAGGUAUAGGAUCAUAGUCUCAACUCAAAACCAAUGGAAUAGUUAGUUGAGACUUAGCUACUCUCAGUGCAUUCAGUGAGACUUAGUCGUUACUUACUUCAGCUAAAUUGACCUUUGGAUUUCUUCAACUGUAAAAAUUGACUGGUGGCAAACUAUUUUAUCUUUUGCCUCUUAGGAUGUCCUCAAGUAGCUUUAAAAUUAAUUUUUUUAAAGGUUGAGAUGGAAGAUGGACUAAAUUGGCAUUUUUUCUUUCUUUGUCUCUGGGGUAGGUUUGGGCACCAGCACUUCUAAAGAAGCAAAAGAAUAUUUUGCAGAUAUGGAGAGACAUCGAAUUUUAUUUCGAUAUGCUGGUCCUGAAGAUGAUGCCGCCAUUACGUUGGUAAAUAACCUCCUGCACUAAUUUCUUGCUGUCUGUUAUCUCCUUGCCAUUUGUAAUUAUAUAGAACUCUGUCUAGUGAACUUCUUUCCACUAAAAGCCCCAAACAAUUUUUCCCAUGUUGGAUGGCAUUCCAGCCCUUUGAUCAUUUUAGAUUUCUGUUUUUGUGUCUUUCCUAACUCUUGUGAAACCAACCAGAACUGUACUCUGGAUAUAAUUUAUAUAAUAUCGUUCAUAUAAUUUAUAUAUAGUAUCAUUAGGACGCUUGUUGCUUUAGUUAAGGUAAAGGUAAAGGGACCCCUGACCAUUAGGUCCAGUCGUGACCGACUCUGGGGUUGCAGCGCUCAUCUCGCUUUAUUGGCCGAGGGAGCCGGCGUACAGCUUCUGGGUCAUGUGGCCAGCAUGACUAAGCCACUUCUGGCGAACCAGAGCAGUGCACAGAAACGCUGUUUACCUUCCCGCCGGAGCGGUACCUAUUUAUCUACUUGCACUUUGAGGUGCUUUCAAACUGCUAGGUUGGCAGGAGCAGGGACCGAGCAACGGGAGCUCACCCCGUCACGGGUAUUCGAACCGCCGACCUUCUGGUCGGCAAGUCCUAGGCUCUGUGCUUUAACCCACAGCGCCACCUGUGCCCCGUUGCUUUAGUUAGUUUGCUAUUAAUGCUGAAUUCAUACAGUUUUUUAAAAUAAAAUACUCUACCACAUUGAGUUGACUCUUCGAUUGAUCUAUCUACUAUGACUUCAAGGUUCCCACAGUAGGAGAUGCGUGUAAGUGUGCCGAUAAGUUGUACCUGCUGAGUAGAAAACAAGUGAAGCUGGGGGUGGGGGGAGGACAUUGGGUUGGCUAUAUGGCUUGCAAAUGCAGCUCACUUCAUGCUCAGCCAAUGUAAGGAGCCACCAUGCAGAAUAAUUUGGGAAGGAGGCUAUGGCACGCAUCCCAGGGGCGUGGCCUCGGCACGCCCCUGGAAGGAGGCAGUCUUCUAGUUCACUAUUCUCCUCUCCUGUUGGUUCCUACUUGUAAAGUAUUUAAUUUCAAAUACAUAAACAAUAAUUGUUUAGGAUACAGGUCUAGUAAUGUUGGGUGGAGGAAAAACUGUAGACACAGAGUUGACAAACAUUUUCCACUUUACUAUGUUUGUUACAUGACUCUUACCUGUUUUGUUAGUACUGGAAUCAUUUAUCCUUCAUUGCCUCCUUAUUUCUGUUUUAUCACCUUGAUAGAGCGUGCAAGACAUGCAGGAAAAAACUGCAGAAAAUUAGUGCACACAGGCAUUAAAAAUUGAUAAAAUAGCUCAUAGAGAGACUGCAACAGUCAAGUUCAGUCAGCCCAAUAUUUAAGAUACUCUGACAUCUUGGAGGUUGUUUCAAUCAUGUUGCAUUGUUUAAAAAGCAGACUCUUGCACUCCUUAUGUUUCAUGAUAUUGCUGGUCUGAGGUUAUUGCUGGACUGAAUUUAACUCAGCCAGAUAGUAGAAGAUUCCCCUCUAAAAGUAUUAUUUUAAAGGAAGGCUGUUUAACUUAUAUCAGGUCUGGAUCAGAAAUGUAGGUCUGCCAAGCUAACAUGGAAACCAUAUUCACCACCUUCUGGCCAUGUGCACAAUUGUCUCUCUUUUAUAGCUUGCAGCAUUUCCCCCCUAGUUGUGCUUUAUCUAAUUAUAGCGUGUGAAAUGUUUGUAGGCCUUCAGUAAGAAAAAAAUUGAUGACCGAAAAGAGUGGCUGACAAAUUUCAUGGAAGAUAGACGACAGCGUCGAUUACAUGGAUUACCAGAGGUAAUGUUUCAGUACAGAACUAAGAUGGAGUUGCAAAUGUUACUUCUGUCGAUGUUAAAGUAAUAAUAGCUUCUCUUUAUUUUAGCAAUUUCUAUAUGGUACAGCAACAAAACAUCUCACUUACAAUGACUUCAUCAACAAGGAGUUGAUUCUUUUCUCCAACUCAGACAAUGAGCGAUCCAUUCCAUCCCUUGUUGAUGGUAAGUGAACCUUCAUGGAAUAUAGCAUCUUCUUUUAUUUAUUUUGAAGAUGCUAUUAUUUUGAAGAAGAGGAGUGGAAAUCCUUUAAACUUUGUUUCUCAAGCAUGUAAUUAUUGAACGGGGUAUUUUUAUUCUAUUGGUAAAGAAUACAAAUUCCAAAAAUGUUUUUUUAAACUUGAUUUUCCAACACAGGUUUUAAACCAGGACAACGCAAGGUUUUGUUCACUUGUUUUAAAAGAAACGAUAAGCGUGAAGUUAAAGUUGCUCAGCUGGCUGGUUCUAUUGCUGAGAUGUCAGCGUACCAUCAUGGAGAGGUGAGUAUGAGAAGAAAAAGAGGAGGAGGGAAAUUCUCUGUGCCUUGCUUAUCACUUGUUUAGUUUUGCAAAAUGGUUGGUUUGGGGUGGCAGGGCAAGGCAAGUUCUCGAAAGUAGGCCUAGCCUCACUCCUUGCUUCAUCUCUGAUGGUUUCAGUGAUGAGUGAGUAUAGAAGACUCUCAGUUCAGCUCCCAACUUCUCAUCACUCUUUUCAUCACUGAAGCUAUAGAUUUGUUGCAGAUCAUGCAGGACUCAGAAUUGUUGUUGUUGUUGUUUAGUCGUUUAGUCGUUACUCUUCGUGACCCCAUGGACCAGAGCAUGCCAGGCACUCCUGUCUUCCACUGCCUCCCGCAGUUUGGUCAAACUCAUGCUGGUAGCUUCAAGAAUGCUAUCCAACCAUCUCGCCCUCUGUCGUCCCCUUCUCCUUGUGCCCUCCAUCUUUCCCAACAUCAGGGUCUUUUCCAGGGAGCCUUCUCUUCUCAUGAGGUGGCCAAAGUAUUGGAGCCUCAGCUUCACAAUCUGUCCUUCCAGUGAGCACCCAGGACUCAGAUUAGCAUUUUUUAUUUGUGCUGACACUGGGAUGGUGAAUGUGUUAGGGAAAAAAGUUCCUAAAACAGUGACGGUCUUUAGAUAUGGUGCUCCCUUCCCCAACUUGAUGGGCCAUUUGCUAGUUAAGUCAGUAAUUUAUUCUGCACUCGUUUGCAGGUUAGUUUUUGGUGAGGAAAAUGUGUUGCAGUAGUAACAGUGCUCUAAACAUUUUCUUCCAGCAAGCUUUGAUGAUGACCGUUGUCAACUUGGCUCAGAACUUCGUUGGAAGUAACAAUGUCAGUUUACUGCAGCCUAUUGGUCAGUUUGGUACUAGGCUUCAUGGUGGCAAGGAUGCCGCAAGUCCUCGUUACAUUUUCACUAUGCUAAGGUAAAAUUUUGUUCAACGCACAAGUGGAACUAGUCUUAUUUAAGUGGUACAGAUUGUCAGUGUAUAUUUGUGAUUGAUGGAGAUAGCUAAAGAUAACUAAAUGAGUAUUUCAAGCCACUUGCAACUUUUCAUGGAUUGUUGACAAAACUAUGUGAGCCUAAAUGUAAAAGUGGCUCGAUUUCUUUUUAGCUAAUUACAUUUCCAUUCCUUCCAUUUCCUAAUAUGUAGCGGUUAGGAAAAGUGAAUAGUUUGUGCACUGCAUUUCGUUUGAGACAAAGACCUCCUGUUUCCCCAAAGAAGAGACCUGCAUUUAAUAACUCUGGAACUCUUGACUUUCUGCUGUUUAAUGCUUAAACUCUGACUUCAGUGGGUGAAACGUGUUUUGGCAUUCGCACAUUGUAGCAGAGCACUGCGUAUAUAUCCACUGGGCAUAAGGCACCAAAAGUUUUUUGCAACUAAAUCCCAUUUUGCAGUCUGACUUUUCUUUUGCCAGAUUGUGCCCUUGAAGUUAGACAUAACAUACAUACAUACAUGCUGCAGCAGUUUUCCCAGUCCCCUCCCCCCCCCCGGCAUUUACUUGUUAAUAUCUUUAGCUCCUGGUGACACACUGGGACUUCGAGCCUAAACACUAAGCCAUUUGUUUUAAUUCUGGUGUGCUCACAGGUUGGCUCACAGAUGAGCUAGCAACAAAUGGCUUACUUCUCUAAAGUGAGAUUUCUUUUCCAACUGCUUUUUCCUGUGCCUUUAUAACUUGCUAGGGUUUGGGACCAGGUGCUGGAAUAAUAAUAAUAAUUUAUUAUUUAUACCCCGCCCAUCUGGCUGAGUUUCCCCACCCACUCUGGGCGGCUCCCAAUCAAGUGUUAAAAACAGUACAGCGUUAAAUAUUAAAAACUUCCCUGAACAGGGCUCCCUUCAGAUGCCUUUUAAAGAUAGGAUAGCUGCUUAUUUCCUUCACAUCUGAAGGGAGGGUGUUCCACAGGGUGGGCGCCACUGCCGAGAAGGCCCUCUGUCUGGUUCAAACCAUGGUAAAGCAAGACUGGGGUUGGGUUUGGACUUAACAUCAAACUAUAGUUAAAAUAUACAAUGGCUUCACGUUGUGGUUUGUUGGUGGAACAGAAAUUAUGUUUGUCUGCUGGGUUUUCCUACAAACCAUAAUUAGGCUAAGGAAAUCCUAGUUAAGUAUUACAGGCAAACCAGACCAACGAAUGAAGAGAGAAAAAGAUGAAAUGUUAUAGGAACAAGCACCAGUAAAAUGAUACUGAUUUCACUUUGAAUAACAUUUCCCAGAACUGUAGGAUUUGGAAUUAAAGAUUACUUUUUUAUCUGUCACAGGCUGCUUGCAUAAUAUCUCUGGUAUAUGUUUAGUAGGUGCAGUGACAGUGAGCUAUGGUAUCAAAGUAGUGUUCUGCUGUGAAAAUAUUGAGCUAAAAAUAUAUCCUGAAUGCUAAAACAAAUAUAACGAUGACAACUCAGAUGAUAAGCAGACAGAAAUCUUUGGUGUCUUCAUGAGCUGCUUUCAGUGAAGGUAGACGGUAUGGAACUAGAUAGGCCAGUGGCCUGAUUUGGUGUUAAGCAAAUUCCAGUUUAAGUGCACUUAAUACUAACGGAUUUCAAAGAGACGAAAAACAUUCUUUACUAUGCACAAGGCUGUACCUCAAAGUCUGUUUCAGAGGCUUCUUAUACAUGCACAGGCAUCCUGUUGAGUGCAUUAUUGUUUACUGAGAAUGCUGUGCAGUAUGUUAGAGGAACCAUGAUGCUCUCAGCUGGUGCAAUAAAAAGAACAGUUUAUAACUUAUUAACUUAAAAAACCCCUUUAUUUCCUUUCUCUUUAAAGCCCUUUAGCAAGGCUGCUUUUCCCUACAGUGGAUGAUAAUCUGCUUAAAUUCCUUUAUGAUGAUAACUUGCGUGUGGAGCCUGAAUGGUACAUUCCCAUAAUUCCCAUGGUCUUAGUAAAUGGUGCCGAGGGCAUCGGAACCGGAUGGGCAUGUAAAAUUCCAAACUACGAUACCAGAGAGAUUGUGAACAACGUCAGAAGAAUGCUGGACGGGUUGGACCCACAUCCUAUGGUAAUGAAAUGUUCACUGCAGACCAAUAUAUUAUAAUGCUUUCAUAAAGAAGACAAACUUGUGACUCCUCUCAUAUGCCUUUAUUUUAUUCUUAUUCCGUCUUGACAAAAUAUGGUAUUAUUGUGGAUGAAUUUGUUUUCUCAAAGAAAUUUUAAAAUUUGCAGAACUAAAAUGGAAGUUCUUUAGUCACCAAAUGAUUCAAUAAUUGGCCAUGAUCCAUGUUUAGCAAAGAUGUCCUCACAUAUAGGAAAGCUAGCAACUUUUCACUAGGUUUUCUCUAGAGUAACUUUCAGACUUGGAGUGGAAAGGUGAUACACAAAGGGGCACCUCUGCCGUUUCCACAGCUGUGGCUGCUAGAAAAAGGUGUAGCCACGAUGGCUGCCAUGAUUCAUCCUAACUUUUAACUGCUCCUUGUGGUACCUACAUGCAGCUUUGUACGGAGGAAUUGCUGGACUGGACUUGCCCACAGAAAUAAUGCUAUACUGCUAGUUUCUAGGUGGACAUCAUUUUAGUUUUAAAUGCCGAUAGAGCAUCACUCAAUAUUUUAGUUUCUUAGAAAUAAAGAAAACUUUACCAAGGCUUACUAGGGGGCAUGUUGCUAAUAUGUCAAAUAAUCCUUAACGUUACAGCUUCCAAACUACAAAAACUUCAAAGGAAUGAUCCAGGAACUUGGUCAGAACCAAUAUGUAGUGAGUGGGGAAAUAUUUGUGGUUGACAGGAACACAGUGGAAAUCACAGAGCUUCCAGUUCGAACAUGGACUCAGGUGAGUACUUUUAAGAUGAUUUUCGGUUUUGAACGUUUGUAAUUCCCCCCCCCCUUUUAAAUAACUAUUUCCCCUCCUUUUUAAAUGUCUGUAUAGGUUUACAAAGAACAGGUGUUAGAGCCGAUGCUGAAUGGAACGGAAAAAACACCAGCAUUAAUUUCAGAUUACAAGGAGUAUCACACUGAUACAACUGUGAAAUUUGUUGUGAAAAUGACCGAAGAAAAGCUUGCUCAGGCCGAGGCUGCUGGACUUCACAAAGUCUUUAAGCUUCAGACAAGUUUAACUUGUAAUUCUAUGGUAACUUUUCUAUAUGUUUGACUACCAGCACUAAUUGCACUUUAAUCAUUUUUCUGUUGCCGUGGCAGCAAUAUCUUCUGUAUACCAUGUGACUAAAAUGCCUCACUUCAUAUUUCCUUCGAUACAAAAAGCAAAAGGGGGCUAAUAGUAAUUUGAGGUGGUAAACCUUAACUUCAAAACUUUAUCAGACAAAUCUGGUGUAAAAAGUGUACUUUCCCCCCAUUAGUAAUAAUUUAUUUGUACCCCACCCAUCUGGCUGGGUUUCCACAGCACUCUGGGCGGCUUCCAACAAAAGAUUAAAAAUACAUUAAAACAGUCAUUAAAAACUUCCCUAAACAGGGCUGUCUUCAGAUGUCUUAUAAAUGUCAGAUAGUUGUUAAUUUCUUAGACAUCUGAUGUUAAGUACAGAUGGGUCUGAUAUCUGGUCAUUUAAAAAAUUGUACAACCUGCACAAUGCCUAUUCAGGUGAUCUUAGAAUAAAAACACUUUGACUCACUCAGCUGGUGAUUGGUCUAUAAUUUUAAAGAGAUUACUCAAGAUUUGAGAAUUCCAAACUCCUGGCAAAAUUGGGGGCUCUUAACUCUUUCAAUAUCUCCCUUUGAAAGUGGGUAUGGGAGUUCAAUUGCCAUUUGAAUUUGAAAAAAGAAUUGUAUCCUCAACACGUGUAGCUAAUUGCAUUCUGAUCACCUCAUUGUUUUCAACAGCAUGAAUUAUUUACAAACAAAUAGAAUGCUGAAUUGCAAGUCAAGCCAAAGUCCUUCUCUACUUGGAUAAUGAUUUUAAUAUGAAAUACUUGAAUUUGACAAAAAUUAAAAAUUCAUAUAUACUUGGCAUAAAGUCUGUUAAAUGCCCAGAAAAACUAUCAGUACCAGCUUAGUUAAAAUUUAUUUCAAAUAAAUAAAAUUGAAUCUGAAUUGAGAAUUCUUUAAAGGCUUGCUGUACUACCUUCACGUUAGUUGCAUGUGCAGUCAUAUAAAAUAUUCACAUAUCUUGUACGUACUUAACUAUAUGCAGUGUUGAAAUAAUCAAACAUUGGCUGGGAAGGGAAGACCUUCCAGGGUUAGAGACUGAAAGAAGAAAGGAAAGCUCCCAGGUGAGAAUUGGGAUAGUCCACAACUUUUCGUGUUAGGCAAGGGUUAAGAGUUACUUUUGAGAGAGGACCCUGAGUUUUCAUUUCUCUUUCUCUCUCUGUUUUUGUUUUUAUUUAGAUCAGUUUCUUUUAUUAUAUUACAAAAAAAGCUUUAAUAAAACCUUAUUUUUUAAAAAAGAAAGAAAGAAAAUAAACAUUUUAUAUUUGUGCAGGUGCUAUUUGAUCACAUGGGGUGUCUGAAGAAGUAUGAAACUGUGCAAGAUAUUCUGAAGGAAUUCUUUGACUUACGAUUAAACUACUACAGCUUGCGCAAGGAGUGGCUUGUAGGGAUGUUGGGGGCAGAAUCCACCAAGCUUAACAAUCAGGCUCGCUUUAUUCUAGAGAAAAUACAAGGGAAAAUUACCAUAGGUAAGAAACAUGUGAAAUUUAAAGUGCAUUAUGAAAUUGAUAAAGAUGUAAGUGAAGGAAAAUAGAAACAUAUACCAUUUUUAAAAAUUGUAAUUUGUUUUCUUUUGUUUCACGUAGAGAAUAAAUCAAAGAGAGAUUUGAUUCAAAUGUUAGUCCAGAGAGGCUAUGAAUCUGACCCGGUGAAAGCCUGGAAAGAAGCACAAGAAAAGGUAAACUAUUUAGGCGAUGAUCAAUUCCCUCUAACAUAUUUUUUAAGGAAAAUAUGUAACAAUAUUAAUCUUGGGCCUUUCCUUCUGUAUGAGCGGAUGUUUAGCUUAAAUUAGUCCCAAAUUAUGAGUAGUUAACUAAUUUAUACCAAUGCAAGCUAUACAUACAGCUUUGGCUGGAUGUUUAUUAUCUUAGAGAAAUUACAUUGUUGGCUUUGGUCUUUGCCACAUAGUUUAUGGAGCUGUACAGAAAUAGCAAACAGCUACUUCCUGGACUACAUGUCCCAUCAUCCCUGGCCGUUGACCAUGAUGGCUGGGGAGAAUGAGAGAUGUAGUAUGACAACAGUUGGAGAUUAUCCUUUCAGUACCUCAAGCUGAGUGGCAGAACUCCUUCUCCCAAUGAAAAUGCUCUGGCAAAGAAAUUAGCAAUUUCCAAAGAUGAAUGAGAUGUCUGUAGAAAAUCAUGUAAAUAAUUGUCUUCUGAUUAUGCCAAACUCUGCCUCCAUCUGCCACAAUUUCAUGAGUAACUCUGCUCCUAAAACAGGGGCAUUGUGUAACAGGUAGGCCACAGUAAUUUUCAAACAUUUCAGGUUAGAUUGUUUGAGAACCCACUGCUGUAUUGUAUAGAGAUUUGUGUAUUUCUAGCUGCAUAUCAUAGCAGCUUUGGAACUUUGUGUCCUGGGUACUAUGCUAUGAUUUUUUCCCCAUUUUAUUUAUUUAUUUUGCUGCUACCAGGAUUCCUUGAGCUUCCCCUCUGUAGAUCACCAGUGUUGUAGAAAUUGAACCUAAAUAAAAGACAAAGUCUUUAAGUAUCCCUUUGUAGCCGUAGGAUAUAUGAAUAGCAGCAUAACUAUUUUUAUUAUUAUUAUAGGCAGCAGAAGAGGAAGAAAUGCAGAACCUCAAUGAUGACAGUUCCGACUCUUCCGGAUCUACCUCAGGCCCAGAUUUCAACUACAUCUUAAAUAUGUCUUUGUGGUGUCUUACUAAAGAGAAAGUAGAAGAAAUCAUUAAGCAGCGGGACACAAAAGUAGGUAUCUUUCAGAGUUCCUGACCUGAAAGUACUUUCUAGUCUGAUGUAUGUGCAGCUGCAUUCUAAAUUCUAAAAUUUAUCCCCCCAAACCCAAACUUGUGUCUCAGAAUUUGCUCAUUGGUUUCACCAUUACAAUGCUAUUGAUCAAACAUAUGUAUAUAAAAGGUAAUAUGUACAGAUCUUUGCAUGAGGAUUACUGUAUAGUCACUGUCCUAGUUUUGUUUCAUUAACACUUGCUUAUCUUGGAUGUUCAGAAUAUGUUUGUUCAAAAAUCCUUUCUGUAUUUGUCACCUUGAAGGGAAAGGAUCUCGCUGACCUCAAGAGAAAAUCUCCUUCAGACCUUUGGAAAGAAGAUUUAGCAGCCUUUGUAGAAGAGCUUGAUGUAUGUACAGCACCAAGGAUUAAUGUUUCAGUUUCAGUUUGUCAACAUAGUUUUUGUUUCAGCAAGUAGUCUAGCAAAACUGUUGUUUUUUAAUAUAUCAAAGUCUGUUGGCAGAAGAGGUGAAAUGAGGAUCUGUGUAAUUUUACACUUCAGAGCUAUACAUUUGCUGCAGCUGUUACUAUGGCAGAAAACCCAGAAUCCAGGGGGUUUCACCAGUCCGUAGGUUUUGCAUUUGAGUUCAGCAUGUUUAGCUUUGAGCGUCUAUAAUUGUUUAUUUAUUGCCCAAUUUUCCUACAUACUUGUUUCGUAACGUGGUCUACCCAUGUUUCUUGGCAAAGACAUUACAUGCAUAAUACUUCUCUUUUAAAAGCUUUUGACUGGUUCUCAAAUUGAAGAGGAAUUACAUAGAUCCCCUCAAAGACUGACAAAUAGUUAAUAAUAAUAUUUCAUCUGCUUUACAUAAGGCUUUGUCCAAAAUUACUCAGAUGUAUUACUCAAACAUUCCUUAGGAUUAGUAGUUAGUAUUGCCUGUCUUGAAUGAUGUAAUGCAGUUAUAGCAUUAUUUUAACCUCUUAACGUUUUUAUACUCUCUCUUUUUUAAGCAGACAUAGAUUUUCUAUAUGUAGUAGCAAUAGUUCCUCUUUGGAGAUGUUUAUAUUUUUCUUUCAUUUGCGUUUAUUUUUAGAAAGUAGAAGCACAGGAAAGAGAAGAUGUCCUGUCUGGCAUGACAGCAAAACCUAUUAAAGGCAAAGUUGGUAAGCCCAAGAUGAAGAAACUUCACUUAGAAGAGACGAUGCCAUCGCCAUUUGGUAGGAGAAUAGUUCCACAGAUUACAUCUGCUAUGAAAGCUGAUGCCAGUAAGAAACUGCUAAAAAAGAAGAAGGCAAGUCAAUACCUCUUGUUCCUGAUUCUUCUAUAUUAUUUUUUUUUGUACAAUUUAUACCCUGCUUUUUAUAUCAAACAUACUCAAGGCAGCUUAAAGACAAUUACAGAAAUGCUAAAUAAACACAUAAAUUUAAAACACCAACAGCAAUAAAUGUAAUAUGAUUUAAAAGCAUUGGUAAAGCAAAAGUAAAUUAAGAGGAAAAAACUUAAAAUGCCCAUGGUGCCUGUCUUCAGUGCCCAUCUAGAAGUGGACACCUUAGCAACUAAGGAGCCAGACAUCCCUGUCAAGGGGAGCUGUUCCAAAUUUUGGGCACUACAAUCAAAAACACCCUAUGUCUCAUGUUGGCCCAUUGACACAUUGGCUAAAAGGGACACAGAGAAAAGGUCUUGAAGACUGAAUUAAGUGACUUGGACAGGUUCAUAUGGGAGGAGGCAAUUCUUGAUAAAGCCCUGAAUGGCCUGGGAUCAGGGUAUAAAGAUCAAACCAGAACUUUGCCAGUUUGUUUCUGGAAUCCAUUCAGUCACUGAAGCUGGUAGAUGAUUAACAUAAAAUGAUCAAGUCUGGUAACCUCAGGCAAAACACGGGCAGCUGCCUUGUCCAAUUGAAGUUUGCAGACUUCAAGGGCAGUUGUGACCUGGGGGAGUCCUAAGGACCAGAUAGAGAGCCCUGCAGGAAUUGAAGUUCCUAGAAGCACUCUGGAAUAUUGUAUCAGCUCAGCAAACUUUAUUACACCCAGCCAUUACAUUGACCUUAAUUAGUUUGGUUAAAUUUCCAGGGAGAACUGGAUACUCUAGCAAUAAAACUGGAAUUUGAUGAAGAGUUUGGUGGCAUACCAGUGGAAGGUGCUGGUGAAGAUUCGCUUAAUACCUCUGUCCCAGUGGCUAGCCCAGUGGCCAGCCCAGUGGCCAAAACACCUAAGCCCAAGAGAGAGAAGAAAGAGCCUGGUAAGUAAACAGAGAGUGACUUUGGAUGUCACAAAGAAGCAUUACUAGCUGAAUUCAUGUAUAUCAGAAGGAAAGCUCAUGUGGAGCAAUUGAGUGGGGUCUAGAUUCACAGUGCCUUAUUCCAAGAAUCAUCAUCAGCCAAAUACUCAGUGUGCAGAACUGCUCUGUAAUGCCUGAAGCAAUAGCACAUAGAUAUGCUGCAGAUAUAGAUAUAGACAUAUAUAUGAUGGUUUUUUUAAAAAAAGAACUGCACAUCUCAGUGUGCAGCUACUUUCUGGGUACCCAGAGUUUUCCUCUCUUCACGGCUGCCAAAGACUUUGGGUUUAAGAAGCUGCUCUGUAUUUUGGCAGUCUUCUCUGAAAGAACUUGAACAAGCGCAUGGUUUAGAUUGGUUGGGACUAUGUGCUCAAGUCAAAGGGACCCAUGUUAAGUGGUCUCCAUGGUUCUCAGGGAAGCAUUGAUACUGAUUAGUGUGGCUUAUUUGUUGCUCUGCCCUUUGGUUAAUAGACUCGUGAAAGGUGUGAAUUGCCCAGGUGUUUUGCCAAAUGCAAUAGUUCUUUUGGAUUCAGUGAAGAGCAAAGGGGACAAGUUUCCUGUAGAUAUCUUACCAUUUUAUAUGACAUGAUUUUCAAAACUGGCAUCCUGCAUUUUGUAUUGGGAGUGCUUAAUGAGGUAAUGUGUUUCAACAUAAUUAACCUGGAAAAUGAAAAUGCUUUAAUGCAGAUUAUUAAAAAAACUGUGUAAGGAGUACGUAUAAUAAAAGAUUCUUUACUGUACUGAGAAUUAAAUUUUAUUCUAGGCCCUAGGGUGAGAAGAACACCGUCUUCCGCCACAAAGUCCAGUGCGAAGAAAGUGAAGAAACGGAACCCGUGGUCAGAUGAUGAAUCUAAAUCUGAAAGUGACUUGGAGGAAAAUGAACCUGUGAUUAUUCCAAGAGACUCGUUACUUAGAAGAGCUGCAGGUAAUAAUGAAAAUGUGUUUUUCAGUUUAUGUGCAGAAUGCAAUGAGAGCCUUCUAGAGCUAUUUAGCUAAAGGGGGGGGGGGUUACUGCUCCUUUCAAGGGAUACUUGCCCGCUGUACCUGCUUGCAUGCACAGGGUUUCCACUGGAUAUACCUUCACGAAGGCUCACCAUAAUUUUCUCCUUGCAAUGUACGGUAUUGCACAACAGAUGACUGUUUGGGCAUCAUGCAAACCAUGGGGUAUGAGCCGCAGCCUUAGGUUUGACUCUCCUCCCUCUCAAAAGCCAGCUUCGUAACCUAUGGUUUCAAACAAACCACAGCUAAAAUUAACCACAGUUUAUUGGGUGGUUGACAGAAGUAAAAGCUUCCAAAUUCAUCUUCACAGCUUAUGCUCAAGGAGAAAAGUGUACAAGCCUAAAGCUUGCUGUGGUGUAUUAUUUCCAUGAUUACCUGUGGUUUAUCACGGCAUCAAAAUGUACCCUAUAUUUUGCAUAGCUUUGGUCUCAGGAUACAAACUACGGACUUUUUAAAACAGAUGUUUAAAGGUAGGUGACCCACUGAAUGAUUAAUUGGGUAAAAUUAGCCAGGGAAUUCAAGCCAAACAUGCAGAAACAAGUCUCCCCACCCCCACCCGGGAAACAUGCUUUCACUGGCAGGAUUAAGAGAAAAUAGGUGUAAUGCAAGCUGGUUAAAACUUCAGAUGCCAAGGACCAAAGCGAAUAUCACUCAUCCCAUAGAGACAAUUAUCUUUGAUAAUAGAUGCUCAGUGGGCAAGAUACUGACACUUCCUCAUCCUGGCACUUGGCAAGGCUAUGAUUUUGAGUGAAUCUUAUUACCUCCCUGUUAUAAGUGUGUACACACAUAUACAGAAUCCGUAAUUUUAUUUGUAUGCUGCCAUAGUUAAAAUGAUGCUUAAGGCAGUUUACAACAUGAGAAAAAUACAUAAUUAAAAGCAUAACAAAAGUAGUCAUAAACAAUCAAUAAAAUAUCAAAAAAGCACACAAACAAAUUGAACAGUUUCCACAUAAAUCUAAGAUCUAAAAUAAAGAUGCAAAAAAUAUCAAUAACAGCAACAAACUACCCCCACCUCUGCAACACCCCAGUCUAAGAGUCUGUUCAGCAGCGACUUACUUUCGUAGGUGGAGUCAGCCGCACCCUCCCAGCCAGGUGGAAAAAUGCCUACAAGGCAGGGAGCAGGUAUUCCAGGACUCAGCCAAUACAGGGUGUGUGUGAGUGUGUGUGUACUCUUAAGCUUGAUUUUCAAGAUGGCUUACAAUUUGAUUAAAUUGCAAAAGCAACUCGCACAAAAAAGUGUCAAAACCCAAAAGAAAGCAAUAGCAGAAAACAAAAUAGUCAUCAACAGCAUUAAAUUCCAUGUAAAACCACUAACAGAAAAUAUACUCAUGGGAUUCAAAACCCCACUAAAAGCCUUUAUAGAUUACAGUGGUUUUAGCCUGUGUCUAAAAACAGAAGUGGUUUUUCAGGGGGCCAUUAUGGAGGUGCUUUCUUGCCACCAGGUGCAACAAAAUGAAUGGCAAGUUAAUACUACUACUACUACUACUACUACCAUUUAUUUAUUUAUUUAUUUAUACAUACAUACAUACAUACAUACAUACAUACCCUGCCCAUCUGGCUGGCUUUCCCCAGCCACUCUGGGCGGCUUCCAACAAAGAUUAAAAAUACAUUAAAACAGUCAUUAAAAACUUCCCUAAACAGGGCUGCCUUCAGCACAAAACUACUUAUUGUUUGUCUGAGUUUUAUUUUUCUUCACAUGCGUUCUGGUGCCCUGGGCAGAAAAUGCCUAUCUCACCCUGGCAACUAGCAAAACCUGUUUUAAAGAGGCAAAUCACAUUUUAUUAACCCAAAUAUCAAGCUUAUUGAAGGUGGAAGUGAUUUGAGGGAGUGGUCUCUGUCCCUUUACUGUAAAUUGGCCUAGGCUAAAACCUGAUUGGAUAGUCAAAAAAUCAUCUCACUAGCAAUUGGCCAGCAGUUAAAGCACACCAUUGGUUUAGAGCGCUAUCCAGAGCAGUUGAAGCAACACCCAGCUAGAUCAAUUAACCCAAAGGAAUAAAGAAGACAAAUAAGCCAAUGCUAGGAGAGGAAGCACCAGAAACUAAAGUGGUGCUGACAGAGUUAGAUGCACAACCCUCAAGCCCUCGACCCCUUACAGUCCUUUGCAAACUGAUGCAACAAUUAUGAAAUAUUACUAUUUCGUUUUAUAUACCGCCAUUUAUCAAAAGAUCUCAGGGUGUUGUACAUUAGAAACACGAUACAAAACAUCCAUGAUAAAAACAGUAAAAAGCAUAUUGAUGGAUGGCCUAAUAGUAAAAUGAUAAUAACAACAGUCCCGUCCCCCCACUUUCACAGGCCAUAGAUUAUUUAAUAGCCAUAGGUCUUGGUAAAGAGGAAUGCUUUUGUCUGGUGUCUAAAGACAUGUGGUGAUGGCGCCAGGCAAACCUCUCUGGGGAGACCAUUCCACAAUCGGGGAGCAUAGAGAAGGGCCUCAGAUGACAAGCGCAGGGUCUGGAUCGGUUUGUAUGAGGAGAGAUGGUGCUUUUUGCAAAAGAUGGAUGACACAGUUCCAUCAAGGAAUGUUUGCUUAGUUUUGCAUGUCCGUUUACUAGAGAGCUUUCUGGUAGCUUUCCUUUAGAGGAGAUUGCAGUGUAGUUCAUUUCUUUGUUGUUUACAGAUCAUUAGUGUCUCCCUAUGGAUGGGCUGCUAGUCUUUAUUCCUUAUGGGAAAAGUUACUUGUUCAUCUUUCUCUAAGCUGCCAUACCCUCCACGUUUUGUCGUUUUCAUAAGGUAUGCACGGUAUCUUGCAUCAGACACUUUAGGGUUGACAUUUCCUAGAAUGUGCAGUGUAGAAAUUCACAAAUAAAUAUUGAUACCAUUAUCUGUCUUCACAGCUGAAAGGCCGAAGUACACCUUUGAUUUCUCGGAAGAGGAAGAUGAUGGUGAGGGUGACGAAGAUGCUAACAAUAAUAAUGAUCUAGAUGAACUGAAAAUAAAAACAUCUCCCAUCAUCAAUGACAGAGAAGAUGAAUUUGAGCCCUCGGAUGGUCUAGAAAAGGAUGAAUAUGACUUCUCCCCAGUCAAAUCAAAACCUUCUCCAGAGUAAGUGCAGUAACUUCAGGAAAGUGUGUCUGAGAAAUAUGCAAGAACAAAUCUACCUGUUUGAAGAAGUGGCCAGUCCUCCCUGGUGUGCUUAUCUUAGCCUUAUUGUCCUUUGAAAUGUGAAGAUACAUGCCAUUGAGGCACUCUUUGAUAAAAAUCCUUAGACCAGGCACAAGCCACCUUGGUGCUGUUCAGAUGUUUUAGGCUACAACCCCCAUCAACCCCACUCACCAUGGCCAGUGAUCACAGAUUAUGGGAGUUGUAGUCCACAACAUGUGGACGACCCACUUUGCCUUAAAAACUUGGAUUCUCAUCUGUACCUAUUAAUAUGUGUUUUCUGUAGAAUAGCCCAGUAUUGCACUAUUAAUACCCAACAGCCAACUACUGUGGCUUGUCAGGUGCUUGACAACUCCUGUCCCCAUUUAGGCAUGUCUUAAAAAAGGUGUGCCUUGGAUUUGGAUGAAUCCCAAAUACCACCUCUCUCAUGGCUGCAAUUUUCAGGCCAGCUGCCCCCCAAAUGGUAGGAGAGAUUAAGUGAUUCACACCCCAGAACUGUGACCAUUGCUCUUGAGAAAAAACAACAACUGUAGCUAUCUUGAAAUUUUAGCAAGAUUCAAGCCAUCAGAAGGAGAGAAACCUUGCCUGCAAAUUUAAUAUAAUUCUGGCCAAAAAUAAAAAAAAGGUUUCUUUCUUUGGUUGUAAUGGUGGGGGAGCGGGGAGAGAUAGAGAGAUACAAUUCAGGUGCGAACAGCACCCAAGCCUUUGGAUCUAGUUUAGUUUUCCCAUUACUGAAUGGGGUGGGCAAGGGUUCAGUAAUUUCAGUCCCCAAGCUGAAUCAGAUAGUGCUUAUGAAUUGGUACAAGUGGUGAAUCAGGGUCCAUGACUGGUAACCUGCACUGGGCUUACAUGUUUGCAGAUUGUGCAGAUUCUGCCCUUGUAAAAGUAACUAAUGGUUAAUGCAAACUAAUGGUUUGCAUGGUGCAAGAGAUACUUAAGUUUUCAUUUUUAUAACAGGAAGAUUUCCCCAGAGAAGACUAAUCAAGACUUUGGCAACCUCUUCACCUUUCCUUCUUAUUCCCGAAAAGCCAAUAUUGGUAGGUAUAUAUAUAUAUAUGUUAAUAUAGUGAGUAUUUCUGAUAUAUCUACAAAGAUAGCUAUGUGCUUGGAAUAUAUGAAUUCCUUAGGUCUGCCUCAAAUUGCAUACCUCAAGGAGUGAUCAUUUUCCAGUCAGGCAGUCAGCCGCCAAGAUUUCAAAACUUUGAAUUGUACGAGCAUUAAGGAAGCAAAAGAUGUUUAGUAUGCAAUGUGCUAGUCUUGUUCCCAAAAAGCUUAGAAGCUGUCUGAAAAAGCUCUGCCACUGUGCUCAUUCCAGAUGCCAACCCCCUCACAGAACCCAUGUCCCGGAAAAUGGUAGGUCUGCCCUGUUGUGGUCUAUCCCUGAGAUGUAACAAGCUGUAAAAAAGUUGCUAGAUUUUAAGAAGACCAGGACAGUGCUGUAUAAACUACACGAUGCUUCAACUUGUUCUGUGAACCUCUCUGAGACCUCUGGGAUAUAGGGUGGUAUAUAAAUUCAGUAAAUAAUAAUAAUAAUAAUAAUAAUAAUGAUAAAAAAUAACUUGCACUGGUUUCUCAGUGAGACAACUUGGUGUGCAAUCCAGUGCUGAGCAAGCCGACCACUUCUCCCCAUUAAGUACCCAUCCAUUAUCUGCCACUGUGGGGGUCAGGAAGGAGUCACCCAUACAAAGGCACAAACUUUGUAAUCUUCGAAUUAAGUGAAUGCUGGUAAGCUUGAAUGGGAGGUAGCAUAUUUCAAACAUUGUUUAAGAUCUUAUGUGUGUGUGUGUGUGUGGAGGGGGUAAGUUUAAUUUUAAUGUGAGGAAGUAGAGAGUGUUCCUAUAUUUAGCCUAACUGUGAAAAGGGUGAUGACAUGACAUGUUAAAACCUUUUAUUUAGAUACAUCCAAGUUUGACAGUGAUGACGAAGAUUCAACACCAGUCUUCUCCUCCUCUUUUACUCAGAAACAGACAGAGAAACCUCCAAGUAAAGUGGUAGUUGCUAAAAAAGGCAAGUAUUUGGAUUUGCUGGUUAGCUUGCUCAUUUAAAAUAUGCUCUAUUGUGUUGCAGCAAAAGAAGUAGUAGCAUUAAGGUAAAGGUAAAGGUACCCCUGCCCGUACGGGCCAGUCGUAUCCGACUCUAGGGUUGUGCGCUCAUCUCGCUCAAGAGGCCGGGAGCCAGCGCUGUCCGAAGACACUUCCGGGUCAUGUGGCCAGCGUGACGAAGCUGCAGCUGGUGAGCCAGCACCCGUGCCGCACACAGAAACGCCGUUUACCUUCCCGCUAUAAAGCGGUACCUAUUUAUCUACUUGCACUUAGGGGUGCUUUCGAACUGCUAGGUGGGCAGGAGCUGGGACCGAACGACGGGAGCUCACCCCGCCACGGGGAUUCGAACCGCCGACCUUACGAUCGGCAAGUCCUAGGCACUGAGGUUUUACCCACAGCGCCACCCGCGUCCCAGUAGCAUUAACUAGAGCCAAAUUAAUAUCAUGGCAAGCCAUGACCUGAAUACUACAGUCAUACUUCGGAUUGAAGUAGCUUCGGGAUAAGUAUUUUCGGGUUGCAUGCUGUGGCGACCCGGAAGUAACUGACCGUGUUACUUCCGGGUUUCGCCGCUCGCACAUGCGCAGACGGUCAAAAUGACAUCACGCACAUGCACGGAAGCGGCAAAUCACGACACGCACGGACGCGGGUUGCGUUUGCUUCUGGAUGUGAACGGGGCUCCGGAACGGAUCCCGUUCGCAUCCAGAGGUACCACUGUAUUCUUUAAGCAUCAGUGCCAAAGCCUUUUAGUUCCAUAAUCCACCUAUAAAUAUAUUGGGGGUUUUGGGGGGGGGGGAUACCUUUGGUCCACUUAGCUUCAAACUGUCUACCCUGACUGGUAAGGUCUGUCUACUGUCUCAAGCUGAGGGUCUUCCCCUGUUUUGCUACCCUUCAGACUGCAGGUGGCAGAGACUAAAUAGACAGGGGUCAGCAAGCUUUUUCAGCAGGGGCCAGUCCACUGUUCCUCAGACCUUGUGGGGGGCUGGAGUAUAUUUUGGAAAAAAAUAAUGAACGAAUUCCUGUGCCCCACAAAUAACCCAGAGAUGCAUUUGAAAUAAAAGGACACAUUCUACUCAUGUAAAAACUCGCUGAUUGUCCGUGGGCUGAAUUUAGAAGGCGAUUGGGCCAGAUCCAGCCCCCGGGCAUUAGUUUACCUACCCAUGGAAUAGGAUUUUCUGGCUGCCAAGUCCUUUAAUGUUCAUAGUAUUAUUAAUUAAAUAUGUUAAUAUGUUUUUUAAUAGACAGCUAAGAAAAUAUAUACCUUUCAGUCUGAAAAAAAAUUCACCAAGGUACAGUGGUACCUUGGGUUACAUACGCUUCAGGUUACAGACUCCACUAACCCAGAAAUAGUACCUCGGGUUAAGAACUUUGCUUCAGGGUGAGAACAGAAAUCGUGCAGCAGCAGCGGGAGGCCCCAUUAGCUAAAGUGGUGUUUCAGGUUAAGAACAGUUUCAGGUUAAGAACGGACCUCUGGAACAAAUUAAGUACUUAACCCGAGGUACCACUGUAUUUAAAACUACUUAGUAGAGAUAUCCAUGAUUUCACUUCUUUGGACGUAGCAAGUUUUUCUUCUUACCUCCUUUUUGGAGAAUGAGUGAAAUGCAGUUCCAGCAUGAAAGGAUAACUGCCUGCUGUCUACAUUUAUGGAUAAUGAACCUUCACCCUUUGAAAGUACAGCAGUUGCAUGUGGUGAGAGUCCCAUGGACAUAUAUUGCCUCCGCAAAGCCCUGCUUCACUGUUACAUUCUCCCACUUCAGCCUAAACUAAGAUUACGGGAAACCUGAAAGACUGAAGCAAAAUAUGGGAGUCAGACGCCCACUGCCUAUUCUACGUAAACUUUGCCUGUGCUAAGGGGAAGGGGAAGAAGAUCAAGGAGAAACUUGUCUACAUAUUUUCUUCUCGUUGUUGUUAAUAUUAGCACAAUUCUUCCGUAGUGCUCCAAUAUUUUUUUAAAAAGAUAAAUCCAUAGUAUCACAGAGGGAUAAUGUUAAUCAUAACAAAAUACGCAACAGAACCCCGGGCACUAAUACUUAUAAUGUAUAUUACUAAAACGAUAUUCUAUAUUACCAGAAGGGUAUUGCAUCCCAUUUCUGAAUUUCACUAAUAUUUCCUAUAAUAAAUCAAGCAUACCUACAUCUGUUUUCCAAAAUUCAUCUACAUAUGAGUUGUGUAAAAAAAAAAAAAAUCAAAUCUGGAAUUUAGUUUUCAACACACAAUAUAACACUUCAAGAAGCACUGCAAUUACUCUUCUGUAUAUAUUAAAAUCGGAAGCAGAAAAUACUGAUGUACAGUUAAUUGCUAAUAGGGGCAGAGUUACAUGUUGCUCAGAUUUGAAAAAACGGUUGCAGAAGAUAUGGGACUGAUACCAGGAAAGAAUAUCAAAUAAUCAGCAAGACAGAUCCAUAGAAAGAUGGGCAUUUUAAUUAACUUUUGGAAUAUUCCAGAUAGCAUAGUCCUGUGUAAUUCUUUCCCACCCACAUGAUUUUGCAUCAAAUCUUCUUUAACAAAGUCAGAUUUCUAAUCCUUUCCUCCUUGUUGAACAAAGCAAGUAAGUUUGUGGGUGGCUGGGACUGCAAUGAACACAAAGGAUAUCUGAACCCACACAUGCAGAAAAUCACAAGUCAUUCUUGAGCCUUUAAAAGUGAAAAAUAAAACGUAGGGAAGAAACAGAGCAUUUCUUUGUAGGGGCUCUGCGUACUUGUAGGGAGAAUCUGUUGUACUCAUGGUAAUGUAGUAUUUCUUAAUAUAAUUAGCAGCAAAACUGCCGGCGGAUGUGCCCUCUAAACCGAAAAGACCUCCUAAGCCCAAGAAGAUGGAAAUAAUAAACUCUGAUUCAGAACCUGAAUUCGGCAUCCCAAAGAAGGCUGCAACUCCCAAAGGUAACAGUUUGGAUGUUGCCUAUUUUCACUUGAUGUAGCAAUGUGUGAGUAGGGAAUAACAAUUAUUUUUUUCUUCAUCUCGGAAUGAAGAUCGUUUAAUUGGAAUGAAGCAGGGGUGGAGUGCAAAUGAGCUGCUGCACUUCUUUCCAGUUUUUGCUGUUAACUGACUUUUUAGCAAGAUGUACAUUAUCUGGCUGUGGGUGCAGGUCACACAUAUCAUGCCCUUGUGGAGGCUUGCCUUUCUUCACACUGGCAGUGUGAAGAGAGGAUGCACGAAGCUGCUUUGAGGAUGGGACGGAAUAUACUCAGGAUGUGGAAUCAGAUUCAGGGCUUAUGAUAGCCUAGCUGGAGAGUCACAUUCACACAAACUGUUAUGUAGUAUCACAAACCCUUAAAGGUAAAGGUAAAGGGACCCCUGACCAUUAGGUCCAGUCGUGGCCGACUCUGGGGUUGCGGUGCUCAUCUCGCUUUAUUGGCCGAGGAAGCCGGUGUGCAGCUUCCGGGUCAUGUGGCCAGCAUGACUAAGCCGCUUCUGGUGAACCAGAGCAGCACAUGGAAACGCUGUUUACCUUUCCGCCGGAGCGGUACCUAUUUAUCUACUUGCACUGGCAUGCUUUUGAACUGCUAGGUUGGCAGGAGCAGGGACCAAGCAACGGGAGCUCACCCCGUCGUGGGGAUUCGAACCACAACCUUCCGAUCAGCAAGCCCAAGAGGCUCAGUGGUUUAACCCACAGCGCCACCCGCUUCCCAGACCUUUAGCAGACCUUAAAUCUUGUGUUCAACUGUUGUCGUCAAGAGAACAAAAAUACACUUUAAAGAGAAAGUAUUUUUUUUAAAUGGAAGAGUUUGUGAACUGCAAGGCACACUGUGCUAUUACUAUAAACUUUAUAGUGAACACAAUGCUUUUCUUUCUGUGAAUGCAGCUGUGUCCGUAGCCCUUACUGAGCAUGAAAGCCCAUGAAGUUAUGCUAAAGCAAGAGUGGGGAACCUUUGUUUCCAGAUGUUGCUGGACUACAACUCCCAUCAGCCCUAGCAAACAUGGAUAGUGGCUAGGGAUGAUGGGUGUUGUAGUUCAGCAACAUCUGGCACCUGAAAGGUUCCCAACUCUUGUGCUAAGUGGUGAAUUGUAAUAAUUAAAUCAGUCCACAAAUGGUGAAUGAACAUUUAACAAUGGCAAGUGAUUUUGUAAUUGUAAUCAGUCAGCAAAAAGAAAGGGAAGUUUCAUGUAACUAUUGGUUGUCUUAGCAAUCAAAGGAUUACUUCUUCCGCAGUUCUUUAGUCCCAAAAAUGAGACUCCUGUGAAAUGAAAUAGAAUUUGAGUUCCAUAAUUAAUGUCUUGUUUGAUGAUGAUAGAAGAUACUGAGCUGCUAAAUUGGUAGCAUUAGCUUUCAUUUUGCACUAGUACAAAGGUUUGGGUUGUGGAAAUUUGGGUCUGACGUUUCUGGAAGAGGCAAAAGAAUGUGCUGCAUUUCUUUUGAUGCUCAGGUAUGGAGCAUGUAUUGGGAAGUAUUUUUAAUACCUUUAUUUUUGUAGAGGAAUUUCAGUUCUAAUGUGUUUUAUUAAUACACAUAAACAAAUUCCUGUAGAGAAUCAUAGGUCAAAAAAUUCCGCUUGAUUCAAUCUAUUCUACUAAAACUGUCAAAUAACUUUGAGAUAAUCCAGUUUGCUAUUAUGAAACAUAUAAAUAACUGUUGCAUAUAUAUUUUCUUUAAUGUUUUAGUAGGAAAAGGCAGAGGAGCAAAGAAAAGGAAAGCAUCUGGUUCUGAAAAUGAAGGUGAAUAUAACCCAGGGAAGAAAACACCCAAGUCUACGCCAAGCAAGGUAAAUUCAGCACCAACAAGUUAUUCUGACUUGUAUUAUUUCUAUUCCAACAACAUAAACAUUCUCUUCCUGGAGAAUACAAUAGUCAGUUUGAAGGUUAAUAAUAAUAAUUUAAAAUUUCUGCCGGCAAACACCAACACAUUAAUACAAAACAUUUAAAAACAAUUACAAACCCUAACACCUAAUAACCUUAAGGUUUCCAGGGACAGUAUCUUUCAGCCAUCAAAUUCCUGAGUCAACAGGAAUGUUUAAAGUUCUUCCUGAACAUUACUAAAGAGAGAGAUGGAUGCAGGGAGGACAGUUCCACAAAUGGGGAACUAUCACAGAGAACACCCUUUCAUGGAUCAGUGCCAACAGUGCCAUCCUCAACAGGGUCUCCCUUGCCGGUUGUAGAGCUGGAGAUAAGGGAUGUGCUCUUAGGUGCUUGUGUCCCAAGCUGUUUAUGACUUCAUAUGCUAGUACUAACACCUUGAAUUGGGCCUGGUAGCUCACUGGCAGACAAUGCAAUGCUCUCAGAAGUGAAGACACAUGUGUCUCAUCAAGCUGCUCCUUUACCAGCCUAGCGGACAUAUUCUUGAAAGACCUACAUUGGCUCCCAGUAUGUUUCCGAGCACAAUUCAAAGUGUUGGCGCUGACCUUUAAAGCCCUAAACGGCCUCGACCCAGUAUACCUGAAGCAGCAUCUCCACCGCCAUCGUUCAGCCCGGACACUGAGGUCCAGCUCCGAGGGCCUUCUGGCGGUUCCCUCACUGCGAAAAGCCAAGUUACAGGGGACCAGGCAGAGGGCCUUCUUGGUAGGGGCACCCGCCCAUCAGAAGUCAAGGAAAUAAACAACUACCUGACUUUUAGAAGACAUCUGAAGGCAGCCCUGUUUAGGAAAGUUUUUAAUGACUAAUGUUUUAAUAUAUUUUUAAUCUUUUGUUGGGGAAACCCAGCCAGAUGGGCGGGGUAUGUAAUAAAUAAUUAUUAUUCUGCAGUAGCUGCAAUGUGCGGUCUUUGAGGUAAUGUCUAUGUGGAGUCCAUUACAGUAGGCCAGGCAGGAGCAUGGACAAAGACUCUCCUCCUGGGAGUAGUUGUGGUUGGGAGCCCGAGCUCCGCCUCUAGCAGGGGGCGUUAGCCCCCUGCUUCCCACUCACCUGGCUGGCGCCCACGCCCAUCGGCAGGCACCCAAGCAGGUGCCUCUGAGGGGGCGUGUACAGCAGCCUAAAUGCUGCGGCGCCAGCCCCUCCUCGGCCUCACUCUUCGUCGUCCCGUCGCGAGUCAGGAUCGUCUUCUUAGCUGCAGGAACCAGGGAAGUAUUGCGGGGCUUAGAUUUGGGCGAGCGCGUAUUUUGCUUUGCUUCUGGCCGGCUGUUUUAUUCUCUUAGAGCUUGAUUUCGUUAUUGCAGUACGGACUUACUUUAUCCUUGUUUGCCGACGUUCGCGUUAGUAACUGUUAGUAACUUUGAGGUAAUGUCUAUGUAGAGUCCAUUACAGUAGGCCAGGCAGGAGCAUGGACAACUAGGCCAGACUGUCGCAGUGCAGGAAUUGCUGUAGCUGGCAAACUGGGCUAAGUCACAGAAACUGCUUUGAGAAACCAGGAGUACUCCUAGACUACAAGCACAUGUAUGUUGAAGAUUUUGGUUGCCUUAAGCAGGGAUUUUAGAUAACAGUUAAAGUAUCGAAUCAAUGUUAAAAGAACAAUUCAUGUGUGGUCUUCACUAACUGUAAAAAAAUAAAUAAAAAUCCUUAUCAAACAGAAACCGAAGAAAGCCUCCUUUGAUCAGGACUCAGAUGUAGACAUCUUCCCCUCAGAGUUUGCCUCUGAAGCAGCCUCCAGGCCGCGGACUGGACGGGCGAGAAAAGAAGUGAAAUAUUUUGCAGAGUCUGAUGAAGAUGACGAUUUUGCGAUGUUUAAUUAAGUGCCCAAAGAGCACACAAACUUCCAACAAAUAUCUUAUGUUGUCCUUUUGUCCCUUUUUGUCGCAGACUUUUUGUACAUUUGACUUAUUUUAUGUGAUGAUGUAAUUGAUGGUUUUUUCUUAUUGUGCGUAGGCAUUUUAACAUUUUGUUCUUACACCGACAGUUUUAUGCUCUUUUUUACUCAUUGAAAUGUCAUGUAUUUGUCUGACCGGCUUGUAGAAAUGUUCUAGGGAGCUGUGCAAAAGCACACAUUUUAACUGUCAUGGUUGCAAACUGCAAACCUGCUUUUUGAAAUGAAGUUUAAACAUUAAAAAAAAUUAUAAAAACCA